CCAGCAAUGGCUGCGUUGGUGCCAUCUUUAAAGAGCCAUUUGAAGAAUUCUUCUCAGUGAUGUGAUGGGUAAGAGACUGUUCGUGUUCAGUUAUAUUACAAGUAAUUUAUUGGUUUCACUCAGUAUUUUGAAACGGUGUUUGAUUAACUGUGGUUGUGGGUUGUUUUUUAUUUUUUUGGCUUUAUAAAUGAUACAAUACCCAAGAAGAAGCCGUAUGCCUGUCCCUCUGCUAGCGCUGAUUGCUUGACACGUUAUAAAAGGUGCAAUAGCGAUGUACAAUAUUAUUUUUGUUAUCGAUUCCUGGUUUUAGCUGCGCUAUAUGUGUAUUUAUUGUAUGUUGACAUUGCUCACACACACAGACCGCUUUCUGGUAUGUAUUAGAUACCUGCAAUUCUUAAAUUCAAGUAACCCAUGUGCAGAAUAUUUGACAAUUCUAAUUAUACUUUAGUCUCCUGCUUAUUAUGUAUUUAAAAUUGAUCUUUUCCUUUGUAGGCCAAGUGUCCCAUCAUCUAUAAAGUAUUGCGAGAGACAAAAUACUCUGUAAUCGCUAAUUGAGUGUAUUUCUCCAAUACACUCACAAACAAUAGAUAUAUUUUAUUACAUUUAUUAUCGUUCCAAUAAAUUAGAACUGGAUAAUUGCCAUUUAUGUUUCAUUAAGGUAGGCAACCUCCGGCACUCCAGUCUGUAAUGUGCACUACUUCACCUGUGAUUGUUUUCCAGCACUAUGGGAAAUGUAAUCCACAUCAUCAGGAGUGCUGAAGGUUGUGUACCCCUCCUCUAUGCCAAUCAGUAGUUUCCCAUUCAUAGAACGAGCUUGAGAAAAAUACGCAAGUUUUUCAAUGGGGAGCUACUGAUUGGCUUAAAGUAUCAGCUGACGCUCUGUCAGUCAGUGGCAGAGCUAAACGACGAUGGAUUCAAAACUUUGCGGUUAAAAUGUUUGUGAUUGGUUUAAUCCCUGAAGGUAAGUCUGCACCACGGACCUCCUGGCACCAUAACAACUUCAUUCUGAUGAAGAUGUUAUGGUGACCAGAGUGUUCCUUUAACUUAUGCUAUAGGGGAAGGAGCUGCACAAUGCUUUUACUACUGAAAUAUGGCUCAACAGUAGAAAUAACACGAUUCUGCUCAACAUAGGGUGCACAGACCCAGGCUUAGCCCACAGCCAACAGUAAUAUUGAAAAAUAAAAAUACCCAGCACAAACCUUUAAACCCACAGAUCCUUUAUUUAAGGUGCAAAAGAGAAGGUGACAUUUUGGCCAGGUAGGACCUUUGUCAAAACAUGGCUGGCAGCAUGCCCAAUGUCUUUCACCCCAGCACAGGUAUAGAUAAUAUACAGUUACAGGCAAAGGUAUCAGGAAGGUGAGACAUACCUCCAAAGUGUCCAUGAAUUAGUGGAACAGUCCUGAUUUUAGAGUCCUUGUCCUGUACCCCUUCUUAUUUUGUUGUUGUUGGUGUCCUCCUCCGAGAAAAUAGAUUUUAAAAAUAAAUGCAGUGAGUUCUGUUUCAAUAUUAUUUCUGCAUUUUGUGCGUGUCCAACCUGACUGUCUUGAUGCAAACUAGUGUCAGAUUGGUGAGCUUGCCGAAGGUCCAGUGCAUGUGAAUGCUGAUUACAGUGAGUCUUGAACUUGUUCCCAUGAGCUCUUAUGGGAGAAGUCGCAUUGGGACCUGUGCUAAAACACAUGGCAAGAAGGCACUACUGCGCUAGCACUGCCCAGACACCAAGGUACUUCGGUGUGUCCAGCUGACUCUCAAUCAGGUAUCCUAUGCAUUGUAGUGCUAGAGGUGCACUGAUUCCAGGUUUGGGGAAUUCAAAUUCUCUAUUUGCUUUAUUAGGUAACGUUUGUGGUUACUUUUUUUCUCUCAAAAUAAUAUGUACUUAGACAUUUCCUAAGCGCAAAUACAAUGAGAAUGGGGGUAUGAGUAGGGCAGCAGGUUUGCAGGGGGCAUCUGGCACAGGCUGGCACUGACAGUGCCAAGUGCUGCGCUGAUCCCUUGUGUGUUAUGAUUAACUCCGUAGUCUGGCUUGUCUCCAGCAUUGUGGUCGAAUUAUGGCUGUGAACGUGUGCUCCCCUCGCUCACUGUCACAUGAGAUGUUUGGGGCAUUAAGAGGAUCAGUUAAUCACAUUUAAUAAAUCAGUGUAUUAUUUUCACAGUGCUGUGUACACUGAUGACAGGAAUUGUAUUUAACAAUUGUUAGCUCAGACAUUCUCAGUGAUACGUGUGUGACAUAUCAAAGCACCGGGCUGUGCGUGUAUUGUGUGUGUGUGUAUGCUCAGCGACCUUUCCUGGCAAGGUAAACAAAGCUCCAUAAUAGCCAUGUGUACCCCAUCCAGCACACUGAGAUAUAUUUGUGGGUUUCCGGACAGUGUGGGACUGUUACGCUGUAUUUCUUUAUAUAUGUACAAUACUGUAUGUUUGUUUAUAUGUUGUUACUAUGGUUUUGUUUUUUCUUAGUUGUCGUCAUUUUUGAGAUUUUGACAGAUUUCAUUUCCUGAAGUAUCUCACUUUGUUGUGUGGAGAAUGAGAUCCCAUCUCAAUCAGUAGAAAAUGUUAGGUGUGUAGGUCAGAUGAAAGUGUCGGAGUAAGGGUUUUUGGUUGAAAUGUUGACGCAGCCACUUUGUCUUGGCUGGGGAUAUUGGGAGUUGGCUAGGGUUAAGGUAAUUUCCUGGUGUUCAGAUUACAGGGUAAUAUUGUGACACUAAGACAGCCACUCUAAAUUGUGUUAAGAACGAUUUUUAAUUUUUGCUGUCUUGCAAUCAGCCAUUCACAAACCAGAUUUAUUCUGCAAUGCUUUCCCAACUUUCUUGGUACACCCUACCCCCCAACCCCUGCGCCCCUAAAUCACUUUACUAGUUAUACUCCUAAUUUAUGACAUUCCCAGAUAGAAUAACACCCCACCAUGAUCACCCUAAUACACUUCUAACAGUCAUAUCUUAACAUUUUACCCAUUUAUUUGUAUGUUUUUAAUUGAAUAGUUGGUAUGUAGAAAAUGUAUCCAUGUAGUUGUUUUUUUUUUACUAAAUGAUGGAUACAAUAACAGUGGUAUCAGCCAUGAUCUGAUAUUUAGCCAAACUUUGUAUUUAGGGAGUGAAUGUCUUUAACCCUUUCAGUUUCCAGUAACUUUUUAAAGUUUGACCAUUUGCAAACAGACAUCUUUUUGUAUCCUUUCCUCUUUAAUUCCAGUGCAGUUUGCUCUGGAACUUUGCUACACCCCAGGCUUCAUGGGACUUGUAGUUUACGGCUCUGUCAGUGCCUCAAGCCAUGUUUAUAUCCCCCAGAAUUGAAAUGUUGGUGCAGUAGUUGAAGUGGUUUUUGAUUUAAAUGAAGUUGUGAAAUCUUGAGAGCUUCUUGUUUGGCGCAGUAUAGCCCGUCACAUGUUGUUCUUUGACUUGAAUUUUCCACUCAGCGUUUUAGCUUUUUCUUUUGUUCUUUUCGUGAUGUGUCCGGGCAGAGCUAGGGCGUAUGGGUCUGUUUAAUGUAAUAAAAAGUGCUGAAGAAGCACAGAGGAAAAACGUGAAAACAUCUUAAGCCAUAAACUCAGUGUUACUAGAGCAAUUCUUUGGUGAACAAUUUUAUUUAUUCAUAAAAGAGUUGGUGGUAAUAUUAAAAUGUCUUAAUAUUCCCUCACAGCAGUUAAAAUUAUCAUUUUUCGUUUUUUCUUUUUAUGUAAAAUACGCUGAUCUGUGAACACAACAUAUAACACACACUUAAAAUUUAUUUUUAUUCAUAUUCCGAAGCUGCACGCGGAAAUGCUUUUGUUAAUUCCACCAUAUUGUCCGUGGUUGUCCUGAGUGCCUCGCUUGUCGGGAUCCACGCUAAUUUCCUGUCACUCCACAAUUCUUACAGGUGUGAGAUUACAAAACAGAUCUGGGAUAGUCAUGCUAAGCACAUGCCCAGUUUUGGAAAUGCGUGCCCCAACUUUGCCAUUGAUACUUUGUGUCAUGUGACAGUCCUGCAUGUAAUGUGUAUCUUGUUCUGUGAGUUCCUGGGCAGCAACUUACCCCAGUCCGAUCUCAAUGUGUGAGUACCAGCGCUGUGAUUGGCAGCUGUACACUGCCACUGCGUAUUGUGUGUCUCAUUGCAUAGAGCACUCUCUAUAUUACUAAAGCUUUAAGCUCUGCUACUGCUAGCACUUAUAUUAAACGUGGUUGUUAUUAAAACCAAUGAAAUAUUUCUACUCAUUAUUCCAAUUUUUCAACGGUGCCCCAGAAUUGUUAAUUAAAUCAACACUGUAGCGUUAGGAAUACAAACCUAAAUGUAUUAUGGUCCUUCUUGUUUGCCAUUAAAAUUAAGAAAUUGUUGACCUGAUGCGCAUGUGCUGAGUGCGCCAUGUGUGCAUUCAAGUUUCCUCAUAAGAAAGCAUUGAAUUCAGUGAUUUCCUGUGGCUUUCUACGUCACGUGACGUCACGUCAAGUUUUACACGGUCGGUGCAGCGGAAGUGCAUCUAGUAACUCUCCCUCUUAAAUGGAUGCUAUUAGUGCCAGGAAUACAAAGCUGUAUUCCUGACACUAUAGCUCCCUCAGCCUCCCACGCACCCCCCACCCGAGUAAAUCAAGGGUUAAAAACCCUAUAUUUACUCACCUUUUCCCAGCGCUGAUGUCACUCAGUGCUGGGUCAGCGCUCUGCCUGCUCCGACUGCCUGCGACGACCUCCCCGUAGGAAGGCAUUGAAUCAUUUAAUCAAUGCUUUUUUAUGGGAAGGAAUCUGUCGCUGGAUGUCCUCUUGCAGAGCGUGAGGAUGUCCAGCGUCGGAUACCGGACCAAAUUCUGUGGACAGAAUUAGAGCUGCAAUGUAAACAUUGCAUUUUCUCUGGAACUAAGUGUAAAAGGAACACUGUACCCAGACCAUUUCAAUUAGCUGAAGUGGUCUGAGUGGCUACAGUGUCCCUUUAAGAUAAACUUUACUGUUUGGGUUGCACCCUGGAUGCUAGUCUCGUUUCUACUUAUGGUAUCUAAAAGGUAAAGUCUGAUAUUGCUGAUCCAAGCACUAAAUGAUAAAUACUAUUUUUUAUAUUGCAGGAAACAAUGUACUUAUGGUGAAAAAAAAAUCAACCAAAAUUGGGGAAAUACUAAACCUCAUACAUUGCCAUAAUUAGAUGAUGGAACUUGGUGAUCAAAGCACACUACCUGUUAAAUCAGAGCUUUUACCUUUUCGUUACUGUGUCUCAUGUGACCAUUAUUAAAACCAACUGUCUGUGACCAUUCUAUGACAUCAUCACUUGUAAUGUAAUAGGACAGAAAUGUUCAGAUACUUUUGAAAUCUGAAACAUUCCUCAUCCCUGGCAUUGUUCCUCUUCUUUAAGUAAUGCCUUGGGAAGUAAAUUUAAAGCGACCUCCUAUUGACGAUGUUUUGUUUUACUUGAACUUGAUCUCUUUGCAAGACAGAACGCAAGGAAAAGCGUCUGCCAGCCUUUUGUUUUAGUUUUUGUCUCUUCAAACAAUGUAUCUUUCUAUUCUUACUGUCUGGGCAGAAGUCAAAUUAUUCCCCAAAAGGCUUUGUCUCGUGACAUCAAACGAUUCAUGUCUGUCUGGUGGGAGGUGUUUCAUUGUUCCCAAAUCUACAAUCCUGUAUUGCAUAAUAAACACGAUUUCAAAUCAGUUUGUUGUGGAAAGCAUCAGUCUUUCAAAAUAUUUUGGUUUCUGUAGGUUUCUGACAAAAUGUCAGAAAGUCCAUUAUUCCGUGGCCAUAAAUCAGUUGUUUAUUGUUUGAAUUCCAAAUGUAUUUGCUGAAAUCAUAGCUUCUACGGUUCAAAAUGAAUUGAAGCAUUACUAAUGAUUUAUGUUUUACUUUUUUAUUCACAAAUUUAGUAUUUUAAUAAUUGUACAAGCAGUGUUUGUGUUCUCUUAUUUAAUGGGACAAUCAGUUGUUAUGUGAAUGCGUUAUAUAGAGAAUUCAAUGAAUAAUGUAUUAAGAUACCAUAAUAAUCAUCUCAUUGAAGUAGUCUGGGUGCAGUGGCCCUGCUGUUUUUUUACCCUGUGCUGUAUUAACGCUGCCAUUUGGGAGAUGUGGCAAUGUUUUCAUUGUGGGGUUCUGAUCACCACUAGAUGGAGCUGCCACACUGAAAAUCAAAUGAUUUAAUGCGUUUGGCGCAAUGCGGUGACUGCAGCACAUGCGCAUUAAGACUACAAUGCUUCCCUAUGGACAACAUGGUCAUCAAGCCUAGUGCGGACCUGGCUGCUUAGAAGAGGCUGCCCUGGUGCUGGAUUGCAGGUAAGGGAUAACCAAAAACAAGGGCCUGAAAUCUAAACAGCCCAACUAAUACUAGGCUGAGAUCAGAAGUCUUGAAGGCAUUGGCAGGCUGUCGCGCAUGCGUAGCAAAACGCUGUGCUGGCCAAUCAGCAUCUCCUCAAAGAGAUGCACUGAAUCAAUACAUCUCUAUGGGGAGCAUACAACUCCUCCAUGCAGAGUGUGGGGAUGCUGAACAUUGGUUCUACUCACAGUGCAGUACAGAAAGAGUGGACUCCCAAAACUAGCUAUUAUCAAUAUAUAUAUAUUAAUUAUACACCCAACAUAACAGACUAUAACCAGCCCUAUACAUAGCACCCAGGGCCAGGGGGUGCCUUUUAUAAAUGUUCUUACCUGUCAGCAAACUGAUAUGAAAUGGGGGUACUGCCUAUUGAAAGGCAUGGGAUUAAGAACAAUUGUUGCUGUUUUGGGACUGAACUAGGAAGAGUAAAUACUGGACGUUGGUUUAAAUAAAACAAGAUACACUGGUCGGGGUCAGGGCUGUGAAUCUUUCAGAUACAUAUACUGCGGGUCUGAGCUAUUCAUGUAAUUAAUGUACAGGGGAUUCUCUGACAUACUGACAUAGAUUGACUCCAAACCAGUGCCAUUCAGCCAAAAUAAAUGGGGUACCCCAUAAAUCCUUAAGAACAGACAUCAAUGCUUUUUGGGGUGUUUAAGUACAUAAUUAACUGAAUUUUGUCGCAUGUUUGUUUUCAUUUUACAUUUGAGUUGGCCUUUUUAAGAUAUUUAGCCAUUCAUUUAGUAUUCAUAGUAGACUUGUUGUCUGGAAUCGAUUUUACUGCUAAAAAGUUAAAUGUUAUUAUUCUCUGCAAAUCUGUCCUCCCGUUUCAUUGUGCUUCCCUAUAAUUCUUUUAUAAUCCAUUAUUUGCUCUCCUUAUUGCUAAAUUAGACUAGUAAUUAAGGAGGCAAUUAUGAAGGGAGCCAAGCAAGUGAGCAGGAAUCUGUUGUUUAACCUGCGCCAAUCAGAUUCGCCAGCUCUGACGCCUAUUGUGCCCCAGAGAGGGGCUGCUGAACUGUGCCCUAGAAUUGAAUAAUCCCAUACCCAAGGAGGGACACGUUUACAGCGUCAAAGGGAGCUGUCACUUUUCAGAUUGCUGCUCUAAUUAAUAUCUAAAGCAAAACAUUAAUUACAUGCUGGGCUUUUUAAUGGUAUUUAUCAUUUUAUUUACAUCCUAAACUGACACCCAGAGCAUACCAUGGACAUUCAUUUAGCGCCCCUAGUGCAGUGAGGGUGCAUGCGCGUCUGGCACUAUGGUGGGACUGCUGUUGCAUGCAUGCACUUCUGUGUAUUCAUCUGAUUCCCGAACGCAAUCAGAGCAUUAUGUGGCGAUGACAUUGCCCUGGAUACAGAAGUGCUGUACCUCCCAGUACUCCCACCCCAUUAAAUCGUUCUAUAUUAUAUGGAUAUUACUGGAAUGAGAUGUCUGCACUUUCAGAGAAGUGACUGUUUCUCUUUUAUAUUCCACACAGGUUUUAGAUAGAUCUAAUGAGGGAGGAGACUUUAAACUAAGCUGAGUCCAAAACAUCUGUUCUAUUGAGCACUGUUCGUUCUUAGUGCUUCCAUUCCUUGGUCCUGAGAAACAGGAGUGGGAGGCUGUGCAGGAGGGAUGCUAUCUGGUUUUUAGUGCAAUUAUUCAUCCCAAUGUGAACUUCCUACAGUAAACACUUACAUCAACCCUUUGCCAUUACAAUGCUGGCUCAUCCGACUGCAACCAUUAUGGCGUUUAUUACCGUUUCCAUGAGAGACAAUGUGAACAGCAACACGAUGUAUAAUGUGUAUAUGUGAGAAUCCUGUCUAUACAUAGUGCCACCGUUAUCUAUGGAAAAUAGAAAGACAUAUAUAAUACACGUAUUAUUAAAGGGACACUAGUCACCCACACCACUUCAUCUCAAUGAAGGGAUCUAGGUGCAGUGGUCCACAAUGUAAAAAUUGUUUUAAAAUGGCUUUUUUUUUAUGUUCCGAAAAUGAUGGCAGAAACAUCUCAAGGGCAAGGUCAAACGUAGUGUUGCCUGCGCAGAGGCGAAUUAUGAAAAAGAAUAAGCAAUGUACAUGGGCCUACGCAGAGGCCCAACAUGGCUUUACAUUAUAAGAGCAGUCAUUUGCACUUCAUAUGCUUUCUGAUUCAGGCCUCUAUCUAUGUUACAUAUUGCUUAAAGAGACAGUUUUUAGUCACAUUAAAUCAUUUUACCUUACCAAACAAAUGUGAACAUUCAAUAACUUACCCCUUAGGGUGUAUAAUUGCCUGUGCAGAAACAGAAGCUUCAAAUGAUUUAAGUGGAACGGAGUCCAAUACAGUUAACAUACAUACACUUAAGUACAUAGUUGAGCAAUGGCUUAAUAAAUAAGCACAGCUUAGUGCACAGUAUAAUGCCAGAGCCUGACCGAUAUGUUUCAAACAAGGCUGUAAGUGGAGCGGUACACUAAAACCAUAUCUAACGUCGUAAGGGUACUUUCAAUGCAGGUAAUACAACAUAGCACUUUUACAGUUAUAUAGCUCAGGUAAUAGUCACAGCGGGUCUACAGGAACGUUAAACCUUAUACCGUUUAUUAUUAUUACAAUAUUAUUAAAGGCAAUAUGUGGCAUGUAUGUAAAUGAUUGCUUGGUUCAAGUUACAAGUGCAUAUCUUUAAAUCAUGAACAGGUAAAACAUAUCAACGUUCGACUACAGCGGGGUAAUGUAUUCCUCCUAACUGCGGCUGCGCCUUGUGUUUUAUCCUAAUGCAGAUUCAUUUAUACUAGCAAUGUUGUUUCAUAAGAAUAACAUGUCAUUAAAUGCGUGCGUCCCAUGACGAAAAAGGUGCUAAUCAUAUGAAGGACAUAAAAUAACAUAAACAGCACAUUCGUUUGUACACUAAAUUAUAAAGGUAUAAAUACUCCUCCUAUAUACUGGGGUCUACAACUCUCACCGCAGCAACAUUCCGGCUGGCCCCACCGCCCACGUGUAUUGCCUCCAGAGCUCCCCUCCACCUGCGGUUGUCAUGUCAACGGGGUGGCUAUUUAAAGUAAAGCAGGCAGUCCGAUCAGGAACAAGCAGACGGGCUCAAAGUAGGUACCGGUCUUGUAGCGUGAGUAGUAUGUGUCCCUUCUUUCCUGGUGCAGUUAUCAGGCGGGCCACGUUUAGGCAGCCUUUUGCCUGUAUAGGAGAUCAGCGUGUUCCCCAGGCGGCGGUUUCCGACCAGGGCGUGCAGCCUCCAUGUGGCCGCGAUUACCCCCACCGGGAGCCGUGUAUCUCGCCCGUGUGGGUCCCCAUCAAAGUUCAUGGAACCGGCAUGCUUGCUCAUCCUGUCAGGCGAUCAGGUGUCAGUUCACAGUCAGCAGCUGCCCAUGUUCAGACUUGAGAUGACACGUAGGCCGUGUUCGUCAGCCCCGGUGCUCCUGGUAUAUUUUCGUCCGUAGUCUGGUAUCGGAUGGAAGCUAGGGUGAAUCCCAUAGCACCACGGUGAGCAAUCCUGCUUUGGGGCGGAUUAUAACUGAGUUUUAUGCCGUUUUUCGGAGCUUGGCCCCGGAGCCACGUUGCUUUGCUGCCGUGCAGCUUGGCGGCCCGGCCCCCCCCCACCCCAACAAUGUAAAAUUUGCGUUUUUUUGUUUUUGUUUUUUUAGAAAUUAAAUGUUAACAUUACAGGGUGAAAUCCACCUCAUACUGACCAUGCAAAACUCUGUCAUGUGACACUGAAAACCACUGAAUUCAAUGCUUUCCUAUGUGAAAACUUAAAAGUGCGCACUGUCCAUGCGCAUUAGAUCCCCAGUGCUUCCCUACGAGCAGUAUUGUGUGGGACCAUUGCAGAGUAGGCCAUGGAUCCUCCGUAAAAUCCUGGGAGGUGGAGAGUUGAGCAGCACCGGGUGUGUAGCUUGAGACAUUAUAGCAAUAGGAAUAUAGGUGUGUAUUCCUAACUCUAUAGUGUAUUUUUAGGAGGCAUUUAGGAAAUACACAAAGAAUGGUAAGUUCAUUACAAAAAUAAAAAAACUGGUGUAUGAAAUAAAAGUAACAAGAACUAUCAUUUAUUUCCUCAAAUGUAUUACUAGUGUAAUGUGUAGAUAGUAGAUAUUCACAAUUUAAAUGCAUAUUAGGGUGUAAAUUUGCAUGCAAUCAUCUAUGAUCAUUUAAACGGUGUAUAGUGUACCUACAUGUGCAGAGUACGGUUUACGUAGCAUAAACUCUGCUAACAACACCACACCAUCGUCAGACGCAGCUACCCUUAAAGGAACACUAUAGUGUUAGGAAUACAAAAGUGUAUUCUUAACGCUUUAGUAUCUCUCUGCCUUCAAGUGACUGUCCUAAGGCUCUGACUCCGCCUCCUCUGACAUUGGCAAUUGGAGGGAACCUAACGCAUAUACGCGGCUUCAGUGCUUUCUUAUAGGGUUUUGCAAGAUGCUGGAUGUAUUCAUGCGCAUCGUGAGGACAUCCAGGGUCAUCUCACAGAUUUAAAGGACCACUCUAGGCACCCAGACCACUUCAGCUUAAUGAAGUGGUCUGGGUGCCAGGUCCUUCUAGGGUUAACCCAUUUUUUUAUAAACAUAGCAGUUUCAGUAAAUGCUUUCCUAUGCGACGGGCUGAAUGCGCGCGCAGCUCUUGCCGCGCAUGCGCAUUCAGCCCAGGAGGAGGAACAGAGGAGGAUCGGAGGAGGAGAGCUCUCCGCCCAGCGCUGGAAAAAGGUAAGUUUUACCCCUUUCCCCUUUCCAUAGCAGGGCGGGAGGGGGUCCCUGAGGGUGGGGUAUGUUUUCCUGGCACUAUAGUGGUCCUUUAAACAACGUGAAACUCCAGGAAGCACCUCUAGGGGCAAUCUUAACCCGUUAAUAUAAACGCUGCUUCUCUGGAACUGCAGUGUUUUGAAUUGCAGGGUUAAGGGAACUGGUACCGUACACCCAAACCACUUCAAUGAGAUGAAGUGAUCUGGGCGUCUCUAGUGUCUCUUUAACCCCUUAAGGACCAAACCUCUGGAAUAAAAGGGAAUCAUGACAUGUCACACAUGUCAUCAUAUGUCCUUAAGGGGUUAAAAGGACACUCUAGCACCAAAAUCACUUUAUUGUAAUGGUGUGCAUUUGGUGCCUAGAUGCCACCCCUGCUGUCAUGCAUUUUAACUCAAUGUCAAAUUGAAUAUGCGUGACAGUCCAUGAUGCCGGCUGAUAGGAAGGAAUUUUUGCUUUGAUUCUUAUAUCUGUCUAUUUAACAUAAUUUGGCGUUACUAUCCCUUUAAACACCACAUGUAUAACCCUUGUUAAACACAGUUAAUAUGACUUCAAUUUAGUGCUAUAGCUCCAGAGAGGUGGUGUUAGAAUGAACAGUACAGAUUGUUGCAAUUAACAAUUUUUGAUAUAUAUGCUUCUUCCUAUUCUCCUGAUGUAAUGUCUCUGCAACAUUUAUUCCCCAGUGGGAUAGAGAGGGGGCGUGGGAUUUAUUCUGCAAUUGUUUGCUUUGUAGCUCUCAAUCUAUCAUUGUUUAGAAUGGAAUUACUCUUAACAAAUAGCCAGGUGUCCGGCGGGAGUUUGCAUAUUAAGAACAGAGCAAUCUUAGAUUUUUAUUAAAAUGCUCAAGAUUUAAUAAUAAAAAACCCAAAAGCCUCCAGAUGUGUCUGAGCGUUACAGAAAACGUUUUGUGUGCUAUCUUACAAGCAGAAAUCUGCCCCUUCAGCCUAUCCUUGUUAUCUCAUUGUUUAUAGGGAGAAGCACACCUUAUAACCAGGUUAGGCUUGUGGGGUGUGUAGUUCUGCAACCCAAGUGGUUUCAUUCAUUAAAUGCUAUUUUGCUUUAAUCAAUCAUUCAUUUUGCAGCCAUUUCUUCAGAUGGCAUUCGGUUUAGUUUUUACUAUGUAUGUUUAGAAUCCAGACCAGAUUCUCCCUCCCCCCCUCCCCCCAGUUUGGAUGUGACUACAGGAAGGUUUUUAUAUGAGGAGGUUUUGGAUAGUAAUGUCACUUGUAUUAUAAUUUUCAUUGAGCAGAUAUAUAAUUUGCAUUGUGAGUAUGUACAUAAAAGUUCCAUCACUUUAAUUGUUUAGUUUUAACAUUGCAAUUUUUUGAAUUGCUUUUAUCACGUUAAUUUUGUAUUAUAUAUAUUCACAAUGCUCUUACUACAAAUUAUUAAAGGCACACUAUAGUCACCUGAACAACUUCAGCUUAAUGAGGUUGUUCAGGUGAGAACUAUAGCUCCCUGCAGCCUUUCUCAUGUAAAUACAGUGUUUACAUUUAAAGCUGGGAACACCUCCAGUUGCAGUCACUCAGAGUGAACCAGAGGGACUUCAUAAUAUGCCUCCAUCCACUCAGAUCUGCUGUGCACGAGCAUCCUGUGAUUCAGUAUCUCCUCCCUCUGUAUGCAGACACUGAACUUUCCUCAUAGAGAUUCAUUGAUUCAAUUCAUCUCUAUGAGGAGAUGCUGAUUGGCCAGGGCUGUGUUUGAAUCAUGCUGGCUCUGCCCCUGAUCUGCCUCCUUGUCAGUCUCAGCCAAUCCUAUGGGGAAGCACUGUGAUUGGAUCAGGCUAUUACAUGUAAGCAGACUGCUUGUUUUUCCUGAGUCUAACAGCAUGCAGAUUUACAGCUUCUGGCUUGAAUACAGUAAGAUUUUUACUAUAUUUAUGGUGAAACUGGAUCCCCAUAGCAUCUUGAUUAGUGAUGUCGCGAACCGUCCCCGAACGGUUCGCCACGAACAGUUCGUGGCGAACUCCGGUCAGCUGACACAUCCCUGACAAUCUCCGGCAGACCCUCCCUCCCAGACCCUCCUACUUCCUGGACAGCAUCCAUGUUGAAGGCAGCUUCAACAUGGAUGCUGUCCAGGAGGUGGAAGGGUCUGGGAGGGAGGGUCUGCCAGAGAUUGGCAGGGAUGUGUCAGCUGACCGGAGUUCGUGGCGAACUGUUCGCGGCAAGUUCGCGAACGGUUUGCGACAUCACUAAUCUUGAUAUGCCACACCUGUGAGGUGGAUGGAUUAUCUCGGCAAAGGAGAAGUGCUCACUAACACAGAUUUAGACAGAUUUGUGAACAAUAUUUGAGAGAAAUAGGCCUUUUGUGUACAUAGAAAAAGUCUUAGAUCUUUGAGUUCAGCUCAUGAAGAAAUGAGGGCAAAAACAAAACUGUUGCGUUUAUAAUUUUGUUCAGUGUAUGUAUAAAUUUCAGUCUUUGGACUACAGUCUCGAUGACAAUCUACAAACUACAGUCACUGUGCCAGAGUGCUUUAUGAUUGAGGCGAUUGCUGUGCUUAUCCUCAUUACUUUCUAGUGAGAACAGAGAUCUUCAGGUUGCCGUGAAGAUCCCAGCUCUUAAACUAAAGUAAGUUUAAGGGAUUUAAUAGAUACUAUUUUUUUUUCCCUUUAGUUUUUUUAUUCAAUAUGACAACAUUACAAUGAAUCAGAGUUUGUAGAGAUGUCUUGUCUGAGAGUGAUGGGUGCUGCGGUCACAGCUGAAGACAUGUACUGGAAACCCUAUGUCUCCCUAAAGCCAUUACCGGACAGAGUACAGGCAUGUAUUCGCCACGUCUCCUGCUAGCUAAGUGUGAUGACAAAUCUGUUUCGGAACAAGUGGUUUCUGACCUUAAUCUUUUCUAAUAAUGAAAUAAUCCUAAAAUAACAUCCACUCGUAAAGGAAACCCCCUAUUAUAUGUUGAAUUGGAGAAUUCCUUCUGAAAUGAAUUGAGUGAGACGGACGCCGUGGAUUCUAUUGUUAGGUGUGUUUCUGGUCUCAGUGUUGAUUUUGGUACUUGUUAAGAGAAAUCAGCGUGAGCCUCGGAUGAUACCAUUGUGAUGUGUAUUAACAAUGGGAUUUUUUUAAUUUAUUUUUUAUUGCCUGGACAGCAGAUUUAAACACCUAACAAUUUCCACACUGUGCAUUGGGGCCGUUACACUGAUUUGUGGCAUAGUUUGUAGUUAAGGCCUGUUACGUGCCCUGAUUUAGACAGUGGGAGUUUGGAACCAUCAACUGUUGCAGUCACGUGCUAAACUGUUUUUGUUGGUAGAAACAAAAAAACACAAAACAAAUAAUUUAUUUUAAAAAAUACAUAGUCACAUAGUGCCUCUCCUAAUCCAUGUCUAUGCCGCUGCACCCUUAUCUAAUGGAAUGUCACCCUUCCUCCUGAGAGCUGGCAUUAGGAGGGCACUUCAUUAGAUCCAGAUCUGUGAUUGGCUUCCCACAUAUAUUUGUAUUCUGUGUGAUCAUCCUGUCCCAAAAAGAAACAAAUGGUAAAUACGUUGGCUGUAAGAUAUCAUAGAAAAAGUAGUGUAUUUCAGAGGCGACUUUGAACACUCUGCAAUAAAUAAUGUAAAUACCACCUUUUAUUGUAUCAUUACAGCUUAGUGUCUUUCUUCCCUUCUGUUUUUGGUUUGUUCUGUUUCAUGUUUUUGUGUUUUUUGUUAUUUUUACUAUAACUGCUUUUAAACCCAAAGCUGGCUCUGCAUACGUUUAACUUCUCCAUUACCCAUGCAAAGUCAGCCAACCGUGGACAGCAAUAAUAGGACGUACCCAACAGUCAUCAUAAGACGUAGUGGUUAUGGUGCUAACAAUCACCUUAGAAACAACUGUGCUGUUAAUGCUGUUUGCAGCUUGCUAUACCAUGCUUUACCUGGAACCUAAAUUGCCCAUAACUUUGUCUACAUUACAUUAUUUUAUGUCUGUGUUACACUGUCUACUUGGAACUUUAUUUAAGUAUUUGCUUUAUUUUUUCUCUCACUAUGUUAGGGAAUUAAAGGGACACUAUAAUCACCAAAACAACUUUACCUUAAUGAGGCAGUUUUGGUGUAUAGAGCAUUGCUCAUGCAACCUCACUGCUCAAUUCUCUGCCAUUUAGGAAUUAAAUCACUUUGUUUAUGCAGCUCUAGCCACACCUGCAUGUAAGUGUAAAGCCUUCCUAAACACUUCCUGUAAAGAGUAAUCUAAUGUUUACACUUCCUUUAUUGCACAGUCUCUUUUAAUUAGAAUUUCUUAUAUCCUGCAUUGGUAAAGGGAUUCUGUAGUGUAAGGAGUACCAAGUUUAAUAAACCCUUUCUGUACUAACCUGAUUCCUGCGCCGAUCUCCCUUUUAUGCUGAGUUGGCACUCAGACGCCAUCCAACAGGGCAAGCUCAUUAGGUCUUCCCCAUAGAAAAGCAUUGCUUCAAUGCUUUCAUAUGGGAAUUUAAUGAGCACUGGAUGUCCUCAUGCAGAGCUUGAGGAUGACUAGUGUCAGGCGACCAAAUGUCGCCUAGCAAGCAGGAAGCGCCUCUAGUGGUUGUCUGACAGCCACUAGAGGCAGUCUUAGUCCUGCAAUAUAAUUAUUGCAGUUUCUCUAAAACUUAGUGUUUAGUAGAUAUACCCCCAAAUUUAAUUCUGCAUUUGUUUUCAUUGGACUCCUUUCUUAAAACACGUUGCAAAAACUGCUGCCUUUACAAGCCCUCCCCUUCUAGCCCUGCCCAGACUUUCUGUAACUGUCCAAUCACAGACUUCCCAAUGCAGAUCAAUGAUAAGUCUUUGCAAGGCAGGUGCUCUGAGCAAUUGCUGCCUCUUAAGUUCAUUGCAACUAAGCUAACCAAACCAGGACCAGUUGUCUGCUUGAAAAUCCAGGUGGUGUAACCAGUAUAAUUUUAUAAAAUUUUAAUUUUCUAUUGAAAUCUGCACUUUUUCCGAUAUGAAAAAAAGGCACACACGUUUUUCAUAUAUAAAGCUUUUCAGCAAGUUGAAGUGCUUUAGGCAUUUGGAGUGUCCAUUUAAGCUAAAGUUGUUUUGAUGCCGAUAAGAUCCCUUUUAAUUCACUAUUCAGAUGAGUUAUGGGUUACACCAGCAGCCCUGUCCAAAUAGAUGAUCGUAUUUUUUUCUAAGUUAACUUCUGCAUAUUCUCCCAGCACAUGUAUUAAGCGAAUCUGUCAUUUUACUCUACUUUGGGAGGAAACAGGACCAGUGUGUAUAAUUAAAAGCAGCUGGAGAAAAUCACGUGGCGCAGUCUGACCCCUUCUUAAUGCUGGUACCUUUCCUGUACAUCCCUACAAUGCAGCCUUUGUGUUUAUAUUGUGUGUUCAGGAACUUCCAUUAUUUUCAUACUCUCUGUAUUGUGCAAUGUCUGCAGGUUUCCUCGGCUGCCCAGAGUUUAGUUAAUAUACGUGUAUUUAUUUUAUAUUUUAAUUUAGUAAAAAAUCAUUCUGUUGAUAUCUUUUUGUGUCUUUGUGUGUUUAUAGUAAGUGUAGACUCGUUGGCUGUUUAGGUCAAUUGGAAUGUAUACCUAAAGUGACCAAAUGGUGUCCAAAUAUCGUUCCAUUUCAGUAUGUAAAGGAUGUAGACAUGCUCCAAAGGUGUAAAGGGUCACUCCAAACCACCGUAAACGCCGAUGCUCUUAGCUGCAUAACACUCUUGUAAAACUGCCUGUCUCGCCAGUGUCAAAUCUGAAAUGUAACUUUUUCCUUUGACUUCCAAGAUCAUCCAGAUUGCACAUACAUUAUGAACUAACACACCGUACACAUUACUCCACUCUUUUCUCCAACUAGGAGAGCCCAAACAGCGGGGAAACACCAAUAUCAGUCAGGUGUCCACACUAUAGAGUUGUGGUUGUAGUGAUAGUGGUGGAAGUCUUGUCACCAAGUGUUAAACAUUGUUCCAGUCCUUGUUUAUCCCUUUAUAGCUACGUUUUGUUUAGCCAUUUUGAAAUCUCUUCUUCCAGCAGGAUAAUGUGCCCUCUGACCUGACUCACACCGAACGGGUUCAAGGAGCAAGACUGGAAGUUCACUUAGCACCAAUGGCUGCACUCAUUUCUACAUUACGGGAAGUGUGAGGGAGAAGCAGUGUGAUGUUAUGGAAUCAGCAUGAACGUUUAUAUUGGGCAGGGCUCCUUGGGUGCCUAAAGUCCAUCAGAUCUUCUGGAUAUCACUAAAGCAGACAUUCCUGUUCUACUUUAGAAACAUUGAUUUUUAUUCUUAUUUAUUUGGACAUUGUUCAUUUGCUAAUAGCAGCAGCUGAGAGAUGUAGGUGAGUAAGCGAUGAAGGUAGAUGAGAGAUGUAGGUAGGUAAGAAAUGUAGGUAGGUGAGAGAUGCAAGUAGGUGAAAGAUGUUGGUGGAAAAGAGAUGCGGGUAGGUAAUAUAUAUGUGGGUAAGAGAAGCAGGUAGGGAAGAUAAAUGUGGGUAGGUGAGUAUGAGAUGCGGCUAGGUGAGAGAUGUAGGUGGUAAGAGACGCGGGUAUUUGAGAGAUGUAUGUGGGUGAGAGACGUGGGUAUUUGAGAGAUGUAGGUGGGUGAGAUGUGGGUAGAUUAGAGAUGUAGGUGGGUGAGAGAUGUGGGUAGGUGAGUACAAGAUGCAGGUAGGUGAGAGAUGUUGGUGGGUAAAAGACGCGGAUAGAUUAAAGAUGUAGGUGGAUGAGAAAUGCGGGUAGAUUGGAGAUGUAGGUGGGUGAGAGAUGUGGGUAGAUUAGAGAUGUAGGUGGAUGAGAAAUGCGGGUAGAUUAGAGAUGUAGGUGGGUGAGAGAUGCGGGUAUAUGAGAGAUGUAGGUGGGUAAGAGACGCAGGAAUUUGAGAGAUGCAGUUAGGUGAGUAUGAGAUGCGGGUAGAUUAGAGAUGUAGGUGAGUAUGAGAUGCAGGUAGGUGAGAGAUGUAGGUGGGUAAGAGAUGCAGGUAGAUUAAAGAUGUAGGUGGGUGAGAGAUGCGGGUAGAUUAGACAUGUAGAUGAGAGAGAUGUGGGUAAAUUAGAGAUUUAGGUGGGUGAGAGAUGCGGGUAUAUGAGAGAUGUAGGUGGGUAAGAGACGCGGGAAUUUGAGAGAUGUAGGUGGGUGAGAGAUGCAGGUAGGUGAGUAUGAGAUGCGGGUAGAUUAGAGAUGUAGGUGAGUAUGAGAUGCAGGUAGGUGAGAGAUGUAGGUGGGUAAGAGAUGCAGGUAGAUUAAAGAUGUAGGUGGGUGAGAGAUGCGGGUAGAUUAGACAUGUAGAUGAGAGAGAUGUGGGUAGAUUAGAGAUUUAGGUGGGUGAGAGAUGCGGGUAUAUGAGAGAUGUAGGUGGGUAAGAGACGCGGGAAUUUGAGAGAUGUAGGUGGGUGAGAGAUGCAGGUAGGUGAGUAUGAGAUGCGGGUAGAUUAGAGAUGUAGGUGAGUAUGAGAUGCAGGUAGGUGAGAGAUGUAGGUGGGUAAGAGAUGUAGGUGGGUGAGAUGUGGGUAGAUUAGAGAUUUAGGUGGGUGAGAGAUGCGGGUAUAUGAGAGAUGUAGGUGGGUAAGAGAUGCGGGAAUUUGAGAGAUGUAGGUGGGUGAGAGAUGCGGGUAGGUGAGUAUGAGAUGCGGGUAGAUUAGAGAUUCAGGUAGGUGAGAGAUGUAAGUGAGUAAGAGACGCGGGAAUUUGAGAGAUGUACCUGGGUGAGAGAAGCGGGUAGGUGAGUAUGAGAUGCGGGUAGGUGAGUAUGAGAUGUAGGUGGGUGGGAGAUGUGGGCAGGUGAGUAUGAGAUGUUGUUAAGUGAGAGAUGCGGGUAGGUGAGUAUGAGAUGCAGGUAGAUUAGAGAUGUAGGUGGGUGAGAGAUGCAGGUAGAUUAGAGAUGUAGGUGGGUGAGAGAUGCGGGUAUAUGAGAUGUAGGUGGGUAAGAGACAUGGGAAUUUGAAAGAUGUAGGUGGGUGAGAGAUGCGGCUAGAUUAGAGAUUUUGGUGAGAUGAGAGAUGUAGGUGGGUGAGAGAUGCGGAUAUAAGAGAUGUAAGUGGGUGAGAGAUGCGGGUAUAAGAGAUGUAGGUGGGUGAGAGAUGCGGGUAGAUUAGAGAUUUAGUUAAGUGAGAGAUGCGGGUAGGUGAGUAUGAGAUGUAGGUGAGUGGGAGAUGUGGGCAGGUAAGUAUGAGAUGUAGUUAAGUGAGAGAUGCAGGUAGAUGAGUAUGAGAUACGGGUAGAUUAGAGAUGUAGGUGGGUGAGAGAUGCAGGUAGAUUAGAGAUGUGGGUGAGAGAUGCAGGUAUAUGAGAGAUGUAGGUGGGUAAGAGACUUGGGAAUUUGAGAGAUGUGGAUAUAAGAGAUGUAGGUCAGUGAGAGACGCAGGUAUAAGAGAUGUAGGUGGGUAAGAGAUGCAGGUAGAUUAGAGAUGUAGGUGGGUGAGAGGUGCGGGUAUAUGAGAGAUGUAGGUGGGUAAGAGACGUGGGAAUUUGAGAGAUGUAGGUGGGUGAGAGAUGCGGGUAUAUGAGAGAUGUAGGUGGGUGAGAGACGCGGGUAUAUGAGAGAUGUAGGUGGGUGAGAGACGCGGGUAAAAGAGAUGUAGGUGGGUGAGAGAUGCUGGUAUAUGAGAGAUGUAGGUGGGUGAGAGAUGCGGGCAUAUGAGAGAUGUAGGUGGGUGGGAGAUGUGGGUAGGUGAGAGACGUGAGUAUAUGAUAGAUGUAGGUGGGUAGGUGAGAUAUGUAGGUGGGUGAGAGACGCGGGUAUAUGAUAGAUGUAGGUGGGUGAGAGAUGCGGGUAUAUGAGAGAUGUAGGUGGGUGAGAGAUGCGGGUAGAUGAGUAUGAGAUGUGGGUAGGUGAGAGAUGUAGGUGAGUAUGAGAUGUGGGUAGGUGAGAGAUGUAGGUGGGUGGGAGACGCGGGUAUAUGAGAGAUGUAGGUGGGUGAGAGACGCGGGUAUAUGAGAGAUGUAGGUGGGUGAGAGACGCGGGUAUAUGAGAGAUGUAGGUGGGUGGGAGAUGUAGGUGGAUGGAGUUAGAGAUCGGUAGAUUUGGAUUAGAACACACUGGGUGGUAGCGGAUGGUCUGGCACAAUAGGGCAGCGGGUGAUGGGACUUUCUGUUUCUUCUUUUGAGCGGAGCUAUUUCUUGAUUCACACACUGCACCAGUACUACACUACAGUCCUGUGAACACCUGUGAAAUCUAUCACUGGAAUCCAGAUUUGUAGUUAUCUUAUUUUUACACUGUUCACUGUUCUAAAGGAGGGUGCACCAUGUAGUAUCUUUAACCCUUUGAGUACAAGGGAUUACACAAAGGAUUGGGCUCAUGGCUGGUAAUGUCAUGUCAUUUACUUUACGUCAUGGCUCUCUUGUUGUGUAUUUUUUUUCCUGGAUAUCCCUGUAUGAUAUUAUAUUGGUAACAUCUGAUCUGUUAGAAGAUUUCAUUAGACAGAGACUCUGCUGUAAUCUGUCAUUCUACUGAUAGUUAUUCUCUGACUCAUGUAUAGCGCCACUAGGACUUUGUACGUAAAAUCCAACCUACUGCAAUUCCAUGGGAUGUCCUGUCUGCCUUAGAAGACAAACUGUUCACUAAUUGCUUGAUUGAGUUAGGAUUGUGUUACCUUUUCAAACAUAAAACCUACAAUUAAUUUAAUAGUUUGAAAAGCUCUCAUCUUAUUCCCAAUAUGUUCUCGGAAUGCAAGUAUUAACGCAUUCUGAUAUAUGGCGCAAGGAAGAUGGAAUGUGAAAUGAGCUCUUUGUAAAAUUAAACCUUGGCUUUAGUACUGAACCCCAUCCACGCUCUAAGCCUUGUGAACACAGGGUGUCAUUUAUAGGUUGCAAUAUGUUAUUAUAUUUAUACAUAAAUAAAUCAAUAUUCGCCAGAACUUGCACCAUAUGGGAGUUUUUAUUGAACUACUAUUCCUAUAAUCCGCUGCAAGCCAGCAUCUGGCAGAGCAUUGUUUGAAGUGUAGUCCAACACCAAGUACAUUGUCUGCUCGUGUAAUAUUUAAUUGAAAUAAAUGUCUCUAGCCAGCAGAGCACCGUCAAAGGGGCGUUAUCAAACAUUGAAAAUCAUCUAUAACUUGUGUUAAUAUUUUUUUAUUUCUUUCAUAUGAAGCUCUUUUCUCUUUUGAAUUAAAGGACUACUAAAGGCGCCCAGACGUUUAACCCUUACAUUGCAGGGUCCCUGACAACCACUAGAGGGUGCUUCAGCUACUAUGAGGGAGUUAUACUCGGUCAUGUGAUGUGUGACAUUUUCAUGCAUUGCUUGAGGAUAUUGAACGUCAUCGAGUGCAGCUUGUGGUGCUCGAUGUGCAUGUGCGUAUUGUCUGCUCUGUCCCCCAAUGAGACUCUGUGAUGAUAGUCUCCCUUCCUCUCUUGGUGAAAAUGCCAGUUGCUUUAAAUGUGCCAUUUUAAUGCAAUGAUUGCCCAAUAAUGUGUGUCUCAGAAGGGAGCGUUGGACUGAUGCGUCCCUAUAAAGGCUCUUACUAUCUCUCUAAGGAUCAUUAAUGUUGAGUGAACCAGGAUGCCCUCCUGGCUGUUGGCUUGACAUCUGCAGGCGUUCAAAACCCCAUUCAUAAAAGUGCAGAUUUCUGUUAAAUUCAGUAAUUUUAUGAAUUAGGACAAAGGGGGUUACCUGUUCAUCCCAAAAGCACCAGGGUCCGAAGUGUCUACUAAGUUUUUACUUCUAUUACAUUGUAAUGAAAACAUUCUUCAGAGCAGCAGGAAAUUGCAUAGUUUAUUAUUAUUAUUAUUUUAUUAUUUAUAUAGCGCCAUCACAUUCUGUAGCGCUGUACAUUGGGAUGAAUGGAAAGUUAAUAUUAGUUGAGUAUUCUCCGUAUUUCAUACAGUUCAUUCUGAUAAGGACAAUGCGUACAGGGAAGUUUUGUAAGUGGGGAGUUUGUAGAACUAAUAACAGUAAUGCCAAUAAAUAGCCUCCUCUCUGUAGACUGGCAUUUGGGCACCCAUUACCCACCUGAAUGCUGCCAGUUGAUGCAGUGACCUAUAGUUAAUUCCCCCCCCCAGAUUUAACAGAUGCCGUGCUACGUCCCCAGUGUCUAACUGUGCUUUCUGUCAUUGGAGAGGGCUGUGUUAAAGACACAGCCUGAAUUGUAGCUCUGCUUUUCCCUCUAAUCAGAUUUUGAUUGUUAGGUUGCCAUAACAGUAAGAUAAACACAUCCUAGGACCUACGUGGCAGGAGACCAGCUUUUACAUAUGUUGUUGGAAUGGCCUUUCAUUUCUGUCAUUGCACCUUUAUUACUGUAAAAUGCGGGUUGAUACUGUGAGUGCAGUCUCGAUGUCUACUCGAUAUGAACUGUGUCGCUAAUGUGGAUAUCCAUGUAAGAAUUAUUCAGGGAGCAUUUUAUAUAAACAUUAAUUAGCUCUAUUUAAAGUGCAAUGGUCCUGUCUCUAUAACCCUGUAAUGUAAAACAUGUCGUUUUGUAGAUUCUUUCAUAUUUAUAUUGCUGGGUUAAAUACAACAUGACAUCAUGGUACAAGCUGUGCUUCCCGCUCGCCUAGCGCUGUCUGUGUGACAUCAUGAUACAAGCUGUGCUUCCCUCUCGCCUAGCGCUGUCUGUGUGACAUCAUGAUACAAGCCGUGGUUCCCUCUCACCUAGCGAUGUCUGUGUGACAUCAUGAUACAAGCCGUGCUUCCCGUUCGCCUAGCGCCGUCUGUGUGACAUCAUGAUACAAGCUGUGCUUCCCUCUCGCCUAGCACUGUCUGUGACAUCAUGAUAUAAGCAGUGCUUCCCUCUCGCCUAGCGCUGUCUAUGUGACAUCAUGAUACAAGCAGUGCUUCCCUCUCGCCUAGCGCUGUCUGUGUGACAUCAUAAUACAAGCAGUGCUUCCCUCUCGCCUAGCGCUGUCUGUGUGACAUCAUAAUACAAGUGCUUCCCUCUCGCCUAGCUCUCUGUAUGAUAUCAUGAUACAACCUGUGCUUCCCUCUCGCCUUGCGCUGUCUGUGACAUCAUGAUAUAAGCAGUGCUUCCCUCUCGCCUAGCACUGUCUGUGACAUCAUGAUACAAGCUGUGCUUCCCUCUCGCCUAGCGCUGUCUGUGUGACAUCAUAAUACAAGCAGUGCUUCCCUCUCGCCUAGCACUGUCUGUGACAUCAUGAUACAAGCCGUGCUUCCCUCUCGCCUAGCGCUGUCUGUGUGACAUCAUGAUACAAGCUGUGCUUCCCUCUCGCCUAGCGCUGUCUGUAUGACAUCAUGAUACAAGCUGUGCUUCCCUAUCGCCUAGCGCUGUCUGUGUGGCAUCAUGAUACAAGCAGUGCUUCCCUCUCGCCUAGCGCUGUCUGUAUGACAUCAUGAUACAAGCUGUGCUUCCCUCUCGCCUAGCGCUGUCUGUGUGACAUCAUGAUACAAGCAGUGCUUCCCUCUCGCCUAGCUCUGUCUGUGUGACAUCAUAAUACAAGCAGUGCUUCCCUCUCGCCUAGCACUGUCUGUGACAUCAUGAUAUAAGCAGUGCUUCCCUCUCGCCUAGCGCUGUCUAUGUGACAUCAUGAUACAAGCAGUGCUUCCCUCUCGCCUAGCGCUGUCUGUGUGACAUCAUAAUACAAGUGCUUCCCUCUCGCCUAGCUCUCUGUAUGAUAUCAUGAUACAACCUGUGCUUCCCUCUCGCCUUGCGCUGUCUGUGACAUCAUGAUAUAAGCAGUGCUUCCCUCUCGCCUAGCGUUGUCUGUGACAUCAUGAUACAAGCAGUGCUUCCCUCUCGCCUAGCACUGUCUGUGACAUCAUGAUACAAGCUGUGCUUCCCUCUCGCCUAGCGCUGUCUGUGUGACAUCAUGAUACAAGCAGUGCUUCCCUCUCGCCUUGCGCUGUCUGUGUGACAUCAUGAUACAAGCUGUGCUUCCCUCUCGCCUAGCGCUGUCUGUGUGACAUCAUAAUACAAGCAGUGCUUCCCUCUCGCCUAGCUCUCUGUAUGAUAUCAUGAUACAACCUGUGCUUCCCUCUCGCCUUGCGCUGUCUGUGACAUCAUGAUACAAUGCAGUGCUUCCCUCUCGCCUAGCGCUGUCUGUGUGACAUCAUGAUACAAGCUGUGCUUCCCUCUCGCCUAGCGCUGUCUGUGUGACAUCAUGAUACAAGCAGUGCUUCCCUCUCGCCUUGCGCUGUCUGUGUGACAUCAUGAUACAAGCUGUGCUUCCCUCUCGUCUAGCUCUCUGUAUGAUAUCAGGAUACAACCUGUGCUUCCCUCUCGCCUAGCGCUGUCUGUGUGACAUCAUAAUACAAGCAGUGCUUCCCUCUCGCCUAGCUCUCUGUAUGAUAUCAUGAUAUAAGCAGUGCUUCCCUCUCGCCUAGCGCUGUCUGUGACAUCAUGAUAUAAGCUGUGCUUCCCUCUCGCCUAGCGCUGUCUGUGUGACAUCAUGAUACAAGCUGUGCUUCCCUCUCGCCUAGCGCUGUCUGUGUGACAUCAUGAUACAAGCAGUGCUUCCCUCUCGCCUAGCGCUGUCUGUGUGACAUCAUGAUACAAGCAGUGCUUCCCUCUCGCCUAGCUCUCUGUAUGAUAUCAUGAUACAACCUGUGCUUCCCUCUGGCCUAGCGCUGUCUGUGUGACAUCAUAAUACAAGCAGUGCUUCCCUCUGGCCUAGCGCUGUCUGUGUGACAUCAUAGCAGAAGCUGUGUUAUCCUCGCCGAGUGGCGUGUGCGCACCAUACUAGUCGUAUCAAUGUUCAGCAGGAAGUCGUAGUACAGCUGUUGUGUUCUCUGCUCUGUGUAAUUUCAUUGGCUAUAUAUCACUGGAAGAAAAUGUUUUGUUAAUUCCCGUACUGGAGUAUUGUAGACUGUUUAUGGUUAAAGACCAAUCAACUCUACCAGCUAAAUAUUCUGAAGGAUAAUUAAUUUUUAAACAAUGUAACAUUGUGCCAUUCCUGUAUUCAGUAACCGCAAUCCAUGACAAGUCCAAUCAUCUUCUAGCAAGUGUGAGUGUGUGUCUUUCCAGGAAACGUGAGCGAUGUGUGCAAACCAGUUACUGUUACCGUGACCCCCAGGCUGUGCUGCUCCACACGGCAUAGCUUCCUGGGGAGAGAGUGGAGGAUCUGUAUUGAUUGGGUGAAUGGGACAAAUGGACAUGCACUUCAAGGUGCAAUCUGUGAGCUGUAAGGAAGCCGUUCCAGUUUCAUAUUCCAAAUCCCGGUGAUUAAUAAUGCCUAAGACAUCGAGGUAACGGAGAGGGCUUGCUACGUAGCUUUGAUUUGCAAACAAUGAGGGUUAUUCACUUAGUCACAAAUACAUUAUAGAUUGCAGAAACUGUGAAUCUUUUAUUAUACGCAGAAUUCCAGUUUUGAUUAUUACUGAAGGCAACUGAAACUCGCAGUGUUCAACUUAGGUUUGGAGAUUUCUUUUUUGUCUGCUUUUUGCAAUGUUUUUGCUAAAUCUGCAAUAUUCUAGGUACCAUAAACACUACACUACAGCUCUCUAUAUGGGCUUUUGUGCCUGGAGUUCCCUGACGCCAUCCCAUGAGAAGUAGCUAUAACAUCAGUCGUGUAAAUUCCGCAUCCAUGGACCCAGGUGAGUGUCAAACCAGCCAAAAAUAGUUUGACUACAUGCCAUGGGACAUCGCCAGGGGACUCCUGACACCACAACCAGUGCCUCCUUCUGGAUAGGGUGGCCAUUCACCCUCCAUCAUCAUAUACCCACCCUCCCACUGCCCAAGGCUGGACAGUAUUGUCUUACUAUUUUAAUCAGCAAACACAUGUUGCAUAAUGCAGGAACUAUUCCUGGCUCCUGGUGUCAAUGAGAUCUCCUAAUCUAAUCACCCUUUAAUUUCAAUGGGAGUUGCACUCAAUGGCUCAGAGAGACCCGGAGAGAUUGUUAUAGUGCCUGGAGUCACCAGGUGCUGUCCCUCCAUUCUGUGUUAAACUGUGCUCGAGCAAUUAAACACUUAAUGAGGGUCCUGGGCUUCCCAUAACUCCGCCCCCACUGGAGGUGUGGCUAAGGCAGAGAUUACACACUUCCUUCUAGUCAUACCGAUUCAUACCAGCAAUGGGCGUUGUGAUAGGCUUGAAGCAGUUUUUUCCUUAUUAGCCCAAGCAGCACAGAGGGCAUGGGAUGCUGUGGAAUCGUUUAGCAUUAAAACACUAAAAAGUGUUUAACACUAAAUGGAAAGACGGUGUCUAACACUAUAACCACUUCAAUGAGAAAGCAGUUACACUGUUUACAGUGUCCCUUUAAGAAAUACCACCAUUAGUGCUAUCUGUUUCUUUGCCAGCAGUCUGGGUGGUCACCCUGCUUCCAAUAUACAGCCCUAAUUGUUCUAUUAGCAUCUGAAGGUGGGGGAUGGGUUAAUGUGUUGAAAAUCCUAAAUCUUUUUACAUCAUGGCUAACUUUACAUUUUUGUAUUAUUUGUUUUGUUUGUUGUUGUUUUGUUUUUGACCUGGUGUAUCCUUACAGCUUUAAAAACAAACCAUAAUUUGUUUAAAAGCAAACUCUCAAUGUACUGUCUCUGAGAUACUAACAUCCCCUAAUCUUUAUUUAUGCAGCCCCCUAGCAGUGCAGAGUGGGGACAGCAAAUCCUAGCAGAUUUGUUUAUUUACUCAGGGAUCACUGAUUAAGUGAAACCUAGUCCUGUUACAGUGUGCGUAUCAGUGACUUCCACCCAGUAAAGUAAACAGACCUUUUAUUCUUGUAUGUUGUGAAACCAAGGCAGACUAUCCCUCUUUUACGUAAGCGUUGAGUCGCACAGAUCGCUCCUGUUACAUCCAAAAACAGAAAAGGUUACAAUAGUUUGUGGUUACCCAGUACACAAACUGGCAUUUUCCAAUCAGUUGCUCUAGGAUUCCAGAUUUCUCUUAUUUCCCUGCUACUAGCCAAUGGGCAGGGCAUGAAAAGGGCUGGUCUUCAGAAAAAUCAAAUCAAGGCAGUUCUGGAUUAUUUUUUGAUCAGGUUUUGUUUUUGUUGUACAUGAUGCGUUCUGCAUGUUUUUCAUGUAAAUGUUGCAGUACUUUGGUUUACAGUACCUGUAUCAAAUUCUCAAACUAGCAGUGAUAUCGGUUAGUGUAUCAAAUUCUCACCCUAGCAGUGAUAUCGAUUAUUGUAUCAAAUUCUCACACUAUCAGUGAUAUCGGUUAGUGUAUCAAAUUCUCACACUAUCAGUGAUAUCGGUUAGUGUAUCAAAUUCUCACACUAUCAGUGAUAUCGGUUAGUGUAUCAAAUUCUCAAACUAGCAGUGAUAUCGGUUAGUGUAUCAAAUUCUCACACUAGCAGUGAUAUCGGUUAGUGUAUCAAAUUCUCACACUAGCAGUGAUAUCGGUUAGUGUAUCAAAUUCUCACCCUAGCAGUGAUAUCGGUUAGUGUAUCAAAUUCUCAAACUAUCAGUGAUAUCGGUUAGUGUAUCAAAUUCUCACACUAGCAGUGAUAUCGGGUAGUGUAUCAAAUUCUCACACGAUCAGUGAUAUCGGGUAGUGUAUCAAAUUCUCACCCUAGCAGUGAUAUCGAUUAUUGUAUCAAAUUCUCACACUAUCAGUGAUAUCGGUUAGUGUAUCAAAUUCUCACACUAUCAGUGAUAUCGGUUAGUGUAUCAAAUUCUCACACUAUCAGUGAUAUCGGUUAGUGUAUCAAAUUCUCAAACUAGCAGUGAUAUCGGUUAGUGUAUCAAAUUCUCACACUAGCAGUGAUAUCGGUUAGUGUAUCAAAUUCUCAAACUAUCAGUGAUAUCGGUUAGUGUAUCAAAUUCUCACACUAGCAGUGAUAUCGGGUAGUGUAUCAAAUUCUCACACGAUCAGUGAUAUCGGUUAGUGUAUCAAAUUCUCACACUAUCAGUGAUAUCGGUUAGUGUAUCGAAUUCUCACACUAUCAGUAAUAUCGGUUAGUGUAUCAAAUUCUCAAACUAUCAGUGCUAUCGGUUAGUGUAUCAAAUUCUCACACUAGCAGUGAUAUCGGUUAGUGUAUCAAAUUCUAACACUAGCAGUGAUAUCGGUUAGUGUAUCAAAUUCUCACACUAGCAGUGAUAUCGGUUAGUGUAUCAAAUUCUCACACUAGCAGUGAUAUCAGUUAGUGUAUCAAAUUCUCACCCUAGCAGUGAUAUCGGUUAGUGUAUCAAAUUCUCAAACUAUCAGUGAUAUCGGUUAGUGUAUCAAAUUCUCACACUAGCAGUGAUAUCGGGUAGUGUAUCAAAUUCUCACACGAUCAGUGAUAUCGGGUAGUGUAUCAAAUUCUCACACUAUCAGUGAUAUCGGUUAGUGUAUCAAAUUCUCACACGAUCAGUGAUAUCGGUUAGUGUAUCAAAUUCUCACACUAGCAGUGAUAUCGGUUAGUGUAUCGAAUUCUCACACUAGCAGUGAUACCGGUUAGUGUAUCGAAUUCUCACACUAGCAGUGAUAUCUGUUAGUGUAUCAAAUUCUCACACUAGCAGUGAUACCGGUUAGUGUAUCAAAUUUUCAAACUAUCAGUGAUAUCGGUUAGUGUAUCGAAUUCUCACACUAUCAGUAAUAUCGGUUAGUGUAUCAAAUUCUCAAACUAUCAGUGCUAUCGGUUAGUGUAUCAAAUUCUCAAACUAUCAGUGAUAUCGGUUAGUGUAUCGAAUUCUCACACUAUCAGUAAUAUCGGUUAGUGUAUCAAAUUCUCAAACUAUCAGUGCUAUCGGUUAGUGUAUCAAAUUCUCACACUAGCAGUGAUAUCGGUUAGUGUAUCAAAUUCUCACACUAGCAGUGAUAUCGGUUAGUGUAUCAAAUUCUCACACUAGCAGUGAUAUCGGUUAGUGUAUCAAAUUCUCACACUAGCAGUGAUAUCCGUUAGUGUAUCAAAUUCUCACACUAACUCAUCGGUUAUUGUUAAUUGUUUGUCUAUAGUAGAAUGGCCAACAUUUAAAUGAUUUUAAAACUUUUUUUUUUUUAAAUCUAUUUAUAAAUAUAGUGGGUUAUGUUUUUGUUUGUAAGUGAUAGGGUUUUAAAGAUUAAAGAAAAAAUUUUCUACACAAAAAAAUAUUUCAGAUGUUCUAAGAUUAGCUGUCCUUAAAAUCCUUUAAUCAAUCCGUUUAAAAGAAAUAUCUACGGCAUGCCACUUGUACUGUGGAACUGCAAGUGUUAAGAGUGUUUUGUCAUUGUGUCACCUUGGUGAGUUUGACAGAUUGUCUUUAAUAUAUGUUGUCACGUUAUGGCCUGUUUUCUCCCAGCGCACUGGGCGAUACAUGUUGGGGGAGGUAAUGAUUUUAUUUAAUUAAUUUACAUUCCCCUUAUAGGUUGAGUUGCCAAUUCCGCCAUAUUUUCCUGGACCCAUAUGGUGUUUAUUCCCUGAAUUGUAGAGCAAGGGUGCCCAAAAAGGUAGAUCCACCCAAUGUUGUAGAACUACAGCUCCCAUGAUGCUUUGCAUGUUUUUAGAAUGCUUUUAGAAAGACCUAGCAUCAUGGAAGCUGUAGUUUUAAAACAUCUGGGAAUUCACCUUUUGGGUACGCCGGUUAGGAGGAUUGAAAUUGAAGCAACAUUUAGGCAAAAAUAGCGGACUUGAAAGCAUCCCGCUGUGUUACAAGCAGCAGUUUUGGUUUGUUUAUUUUGCCUACACAUUUAUUAGCAAUUCACAACAACUGAGUUAGUUAAUAAAAACCUAUGCUAGGUGAAUAUCACUGCCCAGCACUCUGUAUACAUUAUCCUCUUCAGCCAAACGUGAAGGGAUCCAAGCAAGGAUUAUUCUAACCAAAGCCAAUGUUUUCUUAAACACCAAAUGGCAGUAUUUACUAAAAUAGCACAUUGGGCCAAACUCUCCAGGUCACUCUAGGUGGCUGCUUGUUCCUAGGUUUUACAGUUUGGAUUUUUAUUUACUACAAUUCGGUUAUUAUUGACUAACCCCUGAUACGAUGAGGCUUUAAAAUCAAUGGCCCGUCUCAAGGCAUAUAUAGGGUAAUUCACUGGAGGGAGAAUUUUAGGUGAAUUUAAAAUUUAAGGCCAAAAUAGCUGAAGUGGGAAAAAAGUUAGGUAUGCUUCCAGUUUGACUACUUUGGCCUGAAAUGUGAAAUUCUCUUUGAUUUCUCACUUUGUUGAAUAAGCCUGUUAAUGUUGCAUUUUGGGAACCUUUUUAGCACUGGGAUGGCCCAUCACAGAAAGCGCUCUCCGCUGUAACAGAUUGUUUGAUGUGGUGGUUUUCAAAGCAUGCAGACAGUGACAGUGUAUUGAUUAGCUAGCUAUGCUCACAAACACACUCAUUGUAAAAUGUGGCUUCUGAACAUGUGUUUUUGUUGAGCAAUCAUUUUCUAAUUAGGGCUUAGCACCUCCCUAAUUGAUCAUAAUUUAACCUUCUGGUAGCCUGAGGGUGCGUUGCGUUUUCUCCCUUCCAGCAUGUGGUUCUGGGAAAGCAGAAAGUUAACACUGAGUCAAUCUCAAGAAAUCAAUGUCUGUGUGUUUAACUCUCUCAGUGCUUCCAGAGACAGUGGGGUUUAUUCAAGUAACUCUGCAUUUCUGUAAACUGAAAGUCUAUAGUUAUAUAAAUCCACAGCACUGAAUAGGUCAAUCCAUCCCCCCUCCCAGCCUAUUCUACCUGUGUUUUAUUUGGUUAGAUCUUUUAUAGGGAUUUGUGAACUAAAUUAACACGUUUGUAUUUUAUUAAACAAAUUAUUUUGUAACAAAUAUGUGUAAAGGAUUCCAUACAAUGGUCACACUGACCUGAAUUCAGGGUAUUUUGCUCAUUGGGAAGAGGCACAUUUCCCUUUGGAUCCUGUAUUACUGCCGGGUCCUUUCCGCUAAAAGUCACACAUUAAUAAUAUGACGGGUAUGGAAAGCUCUAGGUCUGUUUUGGAAAGUCAUUAAGCGCCCCCUCCCCCCCUGUUACUAAUCCUGGCUGCCCCUUAUUCACACAGACCUUGUAGGCUAUCAUUCAUGUAAUUCAUUUCUCAGGCCGAGAACAGUCACACCUUCAUUGCUUCAUGCUCAUUAACUAGACAUAAAAAGUGCUCCCCAUCUAUAAUCGAACUGUGCUGCUGUUGGAAUAUCAUUAAUUAAUCCCUCCUUAAUCAAUUACUUAAUUUGCAUUCUGCAGCAUAUGAUUUCUAUGUACUCCAGGGCAGGUUACUACAAACUGAGAAAAGGGAUGGGGUUCUGACAUUCCUUCCUAGAACCUAUGUUUUGAAAAUGAGAAUCCUAAGACAGUCAGUUUGUGAGAUGUGCCCUGUGGGAUGGUGCAUGCAGAGUGACCCAUUAUUACAUGUUUGUUAUGUUAAUUUGGGUACAUUGUGUCUGUGAUAAUGUGAUCACACAGCUAGCCAUUCUUCCCUUGUUUCUCCUGUAGGCCUGUGAUGUCAGCCUGGUGGGCAGUGCCUGGGAACUACCGAAACAGCCCUGGAAUCAUGUUACAGUAUCUGUGCAAGAGCUGAACUAACUGCAGCCUCAGACGGAGGAGAAACACUUUCCAUUGAGAACAAAUCCCUGUCUGGAGGAAUAAAGACAAAAAACCCUACGAGUCUGGAUUUCUUUUCUGAUUUGGGAUUUUGCAUGGUUGUUUUUUUUAGCCUACCCUCAAAAUAAAUACAUUGCAAAGCAUUGAACUUUCUCAUUGUGUGCCAGUUUGACCCCACUGGGCAGCAGUCAGCGCAGUCCACCAUGUGUCAUGUAAUCGUAACUUGCCGCUCGAUGCUAUGGACCAUACUGAGCAUCGUUGUGGCGUUUGGCGAGCUCAUCGCCUUUAUGAGUGCGGACUGGCUGAUUGGCAAAUCCAAAAACACAGAGGUGGACAACAGGACUGGGGGACAGCAGGAAUUCAAUGGUCCCUCACUGGGCAUCUAUGGACGCUGUAUUAAAUUGUCUCACGUACAGGAUUCGCGGAGAGCGACACUGUGUGGUCCGUAUGCAGAGCAUUUCAAUGAAAUCGCUAGUGGAUUCUGGCAGGCGACUGCCAUCUUCCUAGCCGUGGGAAUCUCUAUUCUCUGUAUUGUGGCAUUUGUGUCUGUUUUCACCAUGUGUAUUCAAAGUGUGAUGAAGAAAAGCAUAUUCAAUGUCUGCGGGCUGCUACAAGGAAUUGCAGGUAGGUGCAUUCAUUACCCUCGCUACUAUGUACAUAUGUCCUAAUAAUUGUAUUUACUUGCUUGUUUAAAGUGGAUGAUGGGCUGUGUUCUGAGACCAACUGAGGAUGUUUCACGCAAAGCCUCAGAUUGAAUCGGACAUUAGUACCCCAGAUUGAAUGAAUCGGACAUUAGUACCCCAGACUGAUUGAAUUGGACAUUAGUACCCUAGAUUGAAUGAAUCGGACAUUAGUACCCCAGACUGAAUGAAUCGGACAUUAGUACCCCAGACUGAAUGAAUCGGACAUUAGUACCCUAGAUUGAAUGAAUCGGACAUUAGUACCCCAGACUGAAUGAAUCGGACACUUGUAUCUCAGUGAUGGUACUAACCCAGGUGAAGUAGAUUUCCCAUGAUGCUCAUUAGACUUCCAGCUGUUGUAAGACCACAACUAUUGUGAUGCUUUGUCUGCCUGUUAAAGUAUCAUGGUUGUAGUCCUUCCCCUUGACUAUCUCUGGUGUAUGUAGUCUAAAAGAAUAUGUAGUGCAAAAUCAAGCCAUACCUUCUAUACCAUGACAUAUAUAUAUAUAUAUACCCUUUUUGUCCUACACCCUGACCUAUACACUGUUCCAUCUUACACCCUAAUUUAUACACUGUCCAGUCCUACACUCUGUCCUACACCUUAACCAUCCUACACCAUGACCUACACACUGUCCUGGCCUAUACACUGUCCUGUCAUACACCUUGAUCUAUACACUGACUGUCCUACACCCUGACCUAUACACUGUCCUGUUGUACACCUUGACCUAUACAUUGUCCUAUACCCAGUUCCAUUUUACACCCUGACCUAUACCCUGUCCUAUCUUACACCUUGACCCUUAGCCUGUCUUACACCCUGACUAGACCCAGUCCCAUCACCAUGUAUACAGCCUAUUACAGUAUUGUUGGCUGAAUUGACUUUGUGUCUAGAAUAGAGUUUUGGCUAUUUGUCUGUUACCUCCCCCUCCUGUGCUAUUCUGAAAUAAAGUAAUAAGCAAUUCUAGUAGAACGUUAUUCUUGAAACUGUAAGUAUGUUUUCAGGCAAAAUAGAUAAACUAAAAAACAGACCUUUUAGAAUCUUUCCAAAUUGUCUAUUUUGGCCAAACAUUUGAAAUUCACUUUGAAUUCUAUAUACAUGUUCGUGCAUGGCUCAGGAUUUCCACUAGCCAUUGGUGAGCAAAAUUCAGCCAGGGCAAGUAGUAAUUUCACCCCUGGUAAGGGUGCUACAGACCUUCCAGGCCUACACUGACAAGAAACCUUUAGGACAGGUUAGUAAUUAGUAUCUGUAAUUGGGAUAAGCCUGGUUUAUCUGUAAAGCACCCACAGUCCAUAACUCAUUCAGGGUAAUGUGAUGUAUUAGUUUCCAGUUUGAUGUAAAAAGUAUAAUAUCUUUAUAUUUACAACACUUCCUUCACAUUCCUUGCGGCAGUAAAUGUUUUAUUGCUAAGCUAAACCCCACACCUUAGUCAUUUGUACAGUUAAACUGUGAAGUUAUAUGAGCUGUCCUUACUCUUGUAUACACUACACGUUCCAUCCCAUCAUGGUUAGCAGUUACUCCUUACCUCUUCUGAUUGCACCGGCUAUAUAUGUCGAGAACUGGUGCAAGACUCCACACUCUAGUAUAGGUCCAAGACCGCUGAUAUGACACCUUGUUCCAAUAUCUAAAGAAAUUCUAAACUAGUAAAGUAGUAUUAUCACAACACACUGAUAACUGCACAGCAGCUCAAUAAAGAUCUCAUUUAUUACAUUUAUUGUCCUUUGUUUAACAAAUUUGUUAAUUUCAAGGAGAAGCCCAGUUUUAUUUUAGUGACCCCCUGAUUCACCAACAGUGUGAGAACAUAUCAGAACUCACACUUGCACAUUGGCAGCUGGAUGACUUGGUAAAAGAUGCCGAAAACCACUUGUAUGUUUUCCUCUACAAAAUUAGCUUCUCCAAUGUCCUUUCAAAUAUUUUCAUUGAAAAGUGGUUGUUUUUAAUAAUACAAAAGCAAAAUAUAUAAACAAUAACAAAUACUCCAACCCCAAUCAACUAUACAAUAUACAGGGAAGUGAAGACCCGAUAUAGAAGUGACCAUAAAACAGGGUAAUAUGCAAACAUAGAAAAAUAUGGAUUUUUACAUAAACAUGUUACAUAUAUUAUUAAACGUAAUGUUUCAAAAUCAAAAAUAACCAAAACGUAAAUCCCGACCAGGAAGGAGCAUAAAAAACAAAAAUACAAAAAAGGGAAAACAGUCCCAAUAGAAAGAAAGUGUAUAUACCGCAAAACAAGGGCCAUGGGGGAUGGACUUCUAAACCUCUCCCAGAAACCCCUGCUAUUGAGAUCUAGUAAUAAACAUCUGUCGAUUGACAUUGAUUGAUUAUAUGUGAAUGUCAUUUUAGGGCUGCACUUGUGACAGCCAGUAUAGCUACAGAGCUGUUAUAGGACUCUAAAUCCAGUCAUUCUCAUCCAGCCACAGACAGGCUCCUUUUCAUAUUGGGUGCUGCCAUCUGGGGACCUAUUAUUAUUUAUUUAUUUAUUUAUUUAUUCAGUGUUUCGGAUCUUGUAGCCCGAAUGUGAAUAGGUGUCCUGGGGAAUGCUUUGUACAUAUUACACCGUACAACGUUAUCUCCUUGGCCUUUGAUCUCAUCUGGCGUGUCCCAUAAACAAUGCUCAGUAUCAAAGAGGCAGAACAUGUAACAUUGCCAAUACACCAUUCUAGAAAUUAAUCUCAUUUUAAAAUUGUGGAAUAUCGGAACAGAUAGAGCGCAGUACACAAUGAGCAACAAGUUAGCAAUCCAGAAUUCUGACAGCCCUUCACAGCUGUAAGCAUCUGUGCUGCCACAGUGAUAAUGGUGUCUGAAUCCAUCUUAGCACAACUGUCACGGAGAUUAGCUGCAAAUAUUGACUUGCACAUCUCCCAUAGCUACUGUUGCUAAGGAAUAAACUGAAUGACCUUUAAAUAUAUUGUAUCACCUACUUCGAUUCAUGGUCUGACAGACAAUGGCUCAUCGAUCAGGUACUAACUUCCCGUUCUAGUUGGAUUUUUUAAAAAAAGGGAAAAAACGUUCAACAGCUAAAACUAAAGUGUGCUCUGCAUUAUUGAACUUGUUAAAAUAAUCCGGAUAAGAAUUCCAGGCGUCCACCCAGCGCUGUAGUGAUGGCUGGCGAUUGGCCUUUGGCAUUUUGUCUUCCCUGGUUAAAGAAAGGCUCUACUAAUCCAGGGAUUACCAAAAAGAAGACCCCCUGCUUUACAGUUGAUAAUGCACAUGUAGCUCUACAGCACAGGAUUCACCUUUUAGUCACCCGUACUCUGACCCCAUGAACAGGCCAGGAUGUCACACUAUGCCUACUUUAGCACAGGUCGACCAGUCAUUUGUCAUUGAGACACCUGGGCACCAGGUAGGAACACAGCAGUGGGGGUGCACUGACAAAAUGACGGGAUGUCUGCACCUGACCCGUCAACCUAGACUGAUACAGUUUCUACAUGGAGCUCUGUAUUUAAUAUUUUAUUUCCAGUCUGUGGAGAACUUUGUAUCCAGAAUGUGUGUGUGUUUAAUAUGUUACUCUAGGCAAGAGAAGGGAAAGAGUUGGAAAAGUUAGAACUUUACCAGUAUGUUCAUCUGAACCAUCUCUAUAUGAAGGCUAUUCCACGCUCAGCCCCCCUGGCAGUACGGGCUAGAGGGCACUCUCUGCCCCCCUGGCAGGACGGGCUAGAGGGCACUCUCUGCCCCCCUGGCAGGACGGGCUAGAGGGCACUCUCUGCCCCCCUGGCAGGACGGGCUAGAGGGCACGCUCUGCCCCCCUGGCAGGACGGGCUAGAGGGCACGCUCUGCCCCCCUGGCAUGACGGGCUAGAGGGCACUCUCUGCCCCCCUGGCAGUACGGGCUAGAGGGCACUCUCUGCCCCCCUGGCAGGACGGGAUAGAGGGCACGCUCUGCCCCCCUGGCAGGACGGGAUAGAGGGCACGCUCUGCCCCCCUGGCAGGACGGGCUAGAGGGCACGCUCUGCCCCCCUGGCAGGACGGGCUAGAGGGCACGCUCUGCCCCCUGGCAGGACGGGCUAGAGGGCACGCUCUGCCCCCCUGGCAGGACGGGCUAGAGGGCACGCUCUGCCCCCCUGGCAGGACGGGCUAGAGGGCACUCUCUGCCCCCCUGGCAGGACGGGCUAGAGGGCACUCUCUGCCCCCCUGGCAGGACGGGCUAGAGGGCACUCUCUGCCCCCCUGGCAGGACGGGCUAGAGGGCACGCUCUGCCCCCUGGCAGGACGGGCUAGAGGGCACGCUUUGCCCCUUUGGCAGGACGGGAUAGAGGGCACGUUCUGCACCCGUGGCAGGACAGGAUAGAGGACAAUCUCUGUCCCCCUGGUGGUAUAGUGACGGCAUGCCCUGUUUCUCUGCCCCCUGGCAGGAAGGGAUAGAUUUUAGGGGAAGCUUUCCAGCAGGGUGGUUGAAGUGAAUUUCCCUGGCACUUACAGCAUCCCCCGGCUCCGAAGACAAACUCAUAAUGCAUGUAAGCUCAUUAAGCAGAGCUCUCAGCCCCUCUGUUCCUGUGCAUCCAACUCGUCUGGUUAAUAUUACGUGUUUGUCAGUCCACCCAUUGUACAACGCUGCGGAAUUUGUUGGCGCUAUAUAACUAAUAAUAAUGUGAACAAAGUCGUAUCCCUGCCUGCUCUAUAAUACUGAAUAUAGGUAAUAGCUUCUAUGUAGAGACCUUUUCACAUACCAUGUCUACUUAGGAAAUUGUUAAGGAUUUCCAGAAGGCAAACUUAAAAUUUUCUAGAAUCCUAUAUGGCGUUUAGUGGAAUCAUGGUAAGUAUAGCUGUUUGUGUCCCGUUAUCAUGUGAAAGAUUAACAUACAUCGGGUUAAACGUCCUGCUCACACUUAUUACAUCAGUCUGCAUGCUGUAGUGUUUAACUCCUAGUGAGCCAAUUCUAUAUCUCACAGCUUGGACACCUUAUAUCAGCAUGAAGUGACCCUGCUGAAAAAUCAGGACAUUUCAUUAGAAAGACAGGUAGAUUGUCGCUGGUCCUGAAGGGGUUAACCAAGAAAAGACUAAGUGAUUUAUUCGUUUAUAUAAAUUUUUAUUGUUUUAUUCCUUUGGUUGAGCGAAGACGCCUGUCUCUGUCACUCUGCCAUCUCGGGGGCCUAGUUGGAUAUCCAGCCGUCCUGGAGGCCCAUUUAGUGUUUGAUGUAGAGACAGGUGCUAAAGGCUGGUUAAAGAGCAGGGAGAGGAAAUUAGUUUUGCCCCGACUUUGUUGUUGUUAGAAGUGUUUGAGUGAUAGCAGCGCCGUUCCAUUCUAGGUUUCCUGAGUUUUCAGAAGAAUGUCCGUGGUAAUUCAUAUCAGCAUCAGCCUCACUAGGCUACCCUAACCACAUGUCACAGACUAAUGAGAUUAGCUUCUCAAAUGAGCAGGAUCUGACAUUAUCUAACUGUGGGGAGACACAUAACAGGCAGCCGUCCGCCGCACUGUCUGCUAACAUUAAUGGGAAUUUCAGAAGUUUUCUUUCAGUGUGUGAAUGAACACACUCUGCAACUGUUGCUGUUAGUAGACAUUUUAUUUCAUCCCAUUUAGACCUUGUGAAAUGCACAGUGGAUAAAAUUCUGGGCUGGUUCACAGAUCCACCUCAUUCAUCAUAAUGGGACAUUCAAUGAGUAAACCUUAGUUCAACCAAUUAGUUAUGCUUUAAUAAAAAAAAUUUAAACGAACAGUAUUUGGACUUGUAUCCAAUGCAAGGAUGGGUUGGCAUCCAAUGCAAAUUUAAAAGUUCCAUGAUCCUUUGCAGGCAGAAAGGAGCCAUGCACACACACAGAGCUUCUCAUAAAGAUGGUGGCACACCAAACCCCAGUUAAUUCUUCCAUAAUGUGAUGGGUUGAAGAAAAGAAAAAAACAAAAAUGUGACAGUUUCUCUUUAACAGGACAUGUGAUAAAUGGGCUAAAUCCCAUUAAAUUCACUUAGACUGUCUAUUCAACUUUUACAACUUUGUUUAACUACGAUCAAUUUUCAAUUCACAGUGAGAAAUUCCUUCUAUUUUUACAGCUGUUGCUAGCUUACACCAAUGUGCCAAAGUUUAUCUCCUAUAACAAACCGUUUUCAAUCGUUUUACACUAAACGGGCUGUACAUACCGCCCAGCAAUAUGAAUCGCUAAACUGGGUUAUAUUUGCUGUGUGGAGUCUGCCAGGACCACGGUCUGUGGCUCAAUCAGUAGUGAGUGCCAUUUCCGUAAUAUGGAAAGUAAACACGAACACAGAAUUGACAGAAAAGAAUGUAUUAAUGCAUUGUUGUGAUAUAUUUGUGUGAUCCGUGAUGUACAGUAUAGUAUAUGAGCUAAGAAGCACAGCACGGGGGAGGGCAGGGGGGAUUUGUGUCUGCACGAGGUAUUAAUCUUCCAAUAUCGGAAGGUUUCGGAGGCAUGGUGCAAUAAGUCAGCAUUGCAGUUACUUUGCACAGAUGUUCAAUAUAACAAAUAGUUCUUUACUGACUCACUAACACCUUAUCUAUUACGUGCUCUCUGUCAAAGGUCUCCACUCUAUUACCUUUUUAAGAUUUAUUGCGGCUAUGUGUCUCCGCAGCUUUCUUUAUCUGUAGGAGAAUGUAAAAGGGCAGUCUAAGCAUCAUAAUUACUACAGCACACUACAGUGGUUAUAGUGCCAUCCCAUAGUAAGUGGUUUACCAAAUGAUUCCCCCGGCACCUCCAGUCUAGUCUCCUGCUUAGAUAUUAGUAAUGUGGAAGUCGUUACUCCCAAAUUGGUGAUGUCAGUUCUGCUCGUGUUUGGACAGAAUUCACUGGCUGCGAAUGUCCGCGCAUGCGUUUCUCUCAUUUAUACAAACCGAUUCCAGAGUCUGCGGAGACUAUAGAAACUGCUAUGCCAGGGUUAUGGGAAACACAUUGUGCAUGCCCCAUCUUCAGUCUACUUCCUCUUACUGAUGGUAAAUAAAGGUAUUGAAAUCGGAAAUACAAGAGGGAAGCAAUGGAUGGAGCAGGAGUUGGUUGAUAUUUUGUUUCCACGUGUGAUGUCAUGCAAAGAGAGAGCCAUUUACUUCACUUGGAGUAUGGAGGGUUUAACUAUUUUGUGUUAUUAGUCUAUUGUAUUCCAAACGUUUACUGUUCCUUAUCCCAUCCUGCCGUUAUCAGGCCAAUCACAGAUAAGCAGAGGGCAGCAGGGCCGGACUGGGGAUACAAAGCAGCCCUGGAAAAAAAAUUUGUGCCAGCCCCAUAAGUCACUGCGCCAUAUAUUGUCGCGUGUAAUAUGUAAGGCUAUAUCUUUCCAGGACAGAUGAUUGAGUAAUAUAUAUAUAUAUAUAUAUAUAUAUAUAUAUAUAUAUUGCUUUUCUAAUAUAAAAUAUUGGUCCUUUCAGGGUAAAACGUUUAAUUAUACAGUAAGCAUACUCACAUGCAGACACAGGCAAUUUCACUGACAUUUCAGUGACACACACAAGCUCAUUGAUACGCAGCCUCAUAGACAAACAAUCUUACUGAUAUACAUCAGCUCAUUGACAUAAAAACACAAGCUCACUCACUAGCAGGCACACGCAUGCAAGCAAGCUCACUCACUAGCAGACGCACACACACAGCUUAAUGUGGUGGUACUGGUGUCUAUAGCAUGUCCCUACAGGCUUUUCAACGUAAACACUGACUUUUCAGACAAAAGGCAGUGUUUACAUUGCUUCAAAGUGACACUGCUAGUGACAGUCACUCAGACGGUCACCAGAGGUGCUUCCUGUGUUAGUGCCCUCCCUUCAUGGCGCUGCUAGAAGACUAGGACUGAAGAUAUGGCGCAACUCAUCGGCCGCCAGGACAAGUCCGCCAGCGGCCGCCAAAAGACCUCCCCAGCGGCCAGGGGAGGGCUGGCAGCCAUAGGCCUGGGGGGCAAAACCAGUCAAGUAGACUGGUGCACCUGCCCAGGAUCAGAGCCGGUGCAAGGAUUUUUGCCGCCCUAGACAAAAUAAAAAUUUGCUGCCCCCACGUCACAUCACAAUGCCCCACCCAUAUGACCUGCCAUAUGAACUAACGCCAGUGCUGCACACAGUGUGUAUUUACAUUAAAAAGCCUGCAGGGACCAGCUAUAGACACCAGAACCACUUCAUUAAGCUAUAGUGUCCCUUUAAUGUGAGGUAAAUUAUAGAUUAGUGUCACUAAUAAUAUACUAGAUUGCCUACUUACAAGCAGAUGAGGAUGAUGAUAGGCUGCAGUUUGGCUCCACUGGUCUGGUGUAGAACAGGAUCUCUGGAGGCUGUUUGCAACUGUGGUCACAAAAUUCAAUGUUCUGGGAGAAUUGGAAGCAGCUCAAUUUUUUUGGGGCCCCUUACACAGCUCAAGGUCUGGGCCCCAGGGCCUGACGGUGAGUAUGCCCAUAAGGCCCACUCAUAAGUUCCACCCACCCAUGAGUUCGCUCACAGGGAGUGGAGUGUGUGGGGGAUGUGUUAUGUGUUAUUGUAGAGGAUCUAAUAUGUGUGCUUAUGGUAUGUAGUGUUUAGGGUUACCAGUUUGUGCAGGUGAUGCAGUGUGUUUGUGUGUAGUGGAAGCAGUGUGUAUUUGUGUAUAAGGGAUGUAUUAUGUGUUUCUUGUUGUGUGUAAGGGAUGCAUUGUGUGAAUCUGUGUUUGUGUGCAUGAGAUGCAUUGUGUUUCUGUGUGUAUGUAAGAAAAGAAGUGUGUGUGUUUGCAUGCGUGUGUACGGGUUUGCAUUGUCUGUUUCUGUGUAUGUGUGCAAAGGAUGCAUACACAUUUUCUUUGUGUGUAAUUGAUGCAUUGUGUGUUUCUCUGUGUGUAAGGGAAGCAUGUUGUGUUUCUGUGUAUGUAUAGGAAUGCAUUGUGUGUGUGUGCGCGCGUAGUGUGAAAGAGCUCCCUGUCUUGGCCCCUGUCCUAUAGAGCUGCCCCUUCUUCAUAUUCCCCCCUCCCCUCUUCUUAUUCCCCCCUCUUUUUAUCCCCCCCUCCCCUCUUCUUAUUCCCCUCCCUCCCCUCUUCUUAUUCCCCCCCUAUCUUAAUCCCCCCUCCCCUCUUCUUAUUCCCUCCCUCUUCUUAUUCCCCCUCUUUUUAUUCCCCUAUCUUGUUAUUCCCCCUCCCCUCUUCUUAUUCCUCCCUCCCUCUUCUUAUUCCCCCUCCUCAUCUUAUUCCCCCCCUCCUCCAUCUUAUUCCCCCCUCCCCUCUUCUUAUCCCCCCUCCCUCUUCUUGAUUUCCGCCCUCCACUCUUCUUAUUCCCCCCUCAUCUUAUUCCCCGUCCCUCUUUUUGUUCCCCCCCUCCUCUUCUUAUCCCCCCCUCCCUCAUCUUAUUCCCCCCCCCUCCCCUCUUUUUGUUCCCCUCCCUCCUCUUCUUAUCCCCCUUCUUAUUCCCCCCCCUCUUUUUAUCCCCCCUCCCCUCUUCUUACCCCCCUCCCCUGUUCUUACCCCCUCCCCUGUAGCGUGGCCGAGCUGCACUCCGGUCCGCGGUGGCCGGCCGGCCGGAGUGAUAGGAAGGUGCACACUCAGUGUGCACUUCCUGUCAGUCCGGCCGGUUACAGGAAACAGAAACUCCACGCGGAACAGGAGUGCAGCUCGGCCACGCUACAGGGGAGGGGAGGGGAGCAGCUGCAGCCGCCUGAGGCUCUUAACAGAGCGCUCGGGCGGCUGCAGUAUUUAAAGGGCCGGCCCAGGAACGCGGCCGGCCCCUAGGUGCCGCGGCCCACCGGGAAAUUUCCCGGUAUCCCGGUGGGCCAGUCCGGCCCUGGAGGGCGUCUCAGAAAGGAUAAUAUCACCCAGUACAAAGCUGAAAAUUAGCAUUAUGGAAAAUGUAUGGGGUGUCCGGUUUAGCCAGUCCUGGCAAUCCACUCACUAAGGUCCCGGUUGGUAACUUGAUAAAUAUAUAAAUCCUGGCACAUAUGGUCUCUUGUAUGUAUUGUGUGCAGCUCUGUGUAUUUCUGUGAAAAUACUCUAAAAAUGAAUAGGACACAGAAAUGUAUUCAUAGAAUGCUUUGACAAUUUGAGAGUAUAUCCAAAUAGAUUCUGCCCACCCUUUGUUUAAUCACCAAUGAGAUCCUGUGAAUUGUAUGGCAGAAUUUGUAUUUGUCUUAUUGAUUUCAGUCUGUAUAUUAUAUGUUGUGUGUAUUGUGUAUAUUCAUGGUGUGUGUUUAGGUAUUCGGUACAUUCAGGAUAAGUAUUAUGUAUUUGGUAUAUUCAUUGUGUGUGUGUAAUGUAUCAGAAUAUUCAGUGUGUUUGUAAUAUGGAUUGAGUAUAGUCAGCAGGUUAUGUAUUGGGUAUAUUCAGUGUGUGCGGGUUAUGUAUUGGGUAUAUUAAGGGUGUGCGGAUUGUGUAUUGGGUAUAUUCAGGGUGUGCGGGUUGUGUAUUGGGUAUAUUCAGGGUGUGCGGGUUAUGUAUCGGGUAUAUUCAGGGUGUGCGGGUUGUGUAUUGGGUAUAUUCAGGGUGUGCGGGUUGUGUAUUGGGUAUAUUCAGGGUGUGCAGGUUAUGUAUUGGGUAUAUUCAGGGUGUGUGGGUUGUGUAUUGGGUAUAUUCAGGGUGUGCGGGUUGUGUAUUGGGUAUAGUCAGGGUGUGCAGGUUAUGUAUUGGGUAUAUUCAGGGUGUCCAGUUUAUGUAUUGGGUAUAUUCAGGGUGUGCGGGUUGUGUAUUGGGUAUAUUCAGGGUGUGCGGGUUGUGUAUUGGGUAUAUUCAGGGUGUGCAGGUUAUGCAUUGGGUAUAUUCAGGGUGUGCGGGUUAUGUAUUGGGUAUAUUCAGGGUGUGCGGGUUAUGUAUUGGGUAUAUUCAGGGUGUACGGGUUAUGUAUUGGGUAUAUUCAGGGUGUGCGGAUUAUGUAUUGGGUAUAUUCAGGGUGUGCGGGUUGUGUAUUGGGUAUAUUCAGGGUGUGCGGGUUAUGUAUUGGGUAUAUUCAGGGUGUGGGUUAUGUAUUGGGUAUAUUCAGGGUGUGCAGGUUAUGUAUUGGGUAUAUUCAGGGUGUGCGGGUUAUGUAUUGGGUAUAUUCAGGGUGUGCGGGUUAUGUAUUGGGUAUAUUCAGGGUGUGCGGGUUAUGUAUUGGGUAUAUUCAGGGUGUGCAGGUUAUGUAUUGGGUAUAUUCAGGGUGUGCGGGUUAUGCAUUGGGUAUAUUCAGGGUGUGCGGGUUAUGUAUUGGGUAUAUUCAGGGUGUGCGGGUUAUGCAUUGGGUAUAUUCAGGGUGUGCAGGUUAUGUAUUGGGUAUAUUCAGGGUGUGCGGAUUAUGUAUUGGGUAUAUUCAGGGUGUGCGGGUUAUGUAUUGGGUAUAUUCAGUGUGUGCGGGUUAUGUAUUGGGUAUAUUCAGUGUGUGCGGGUUGUGUAUUGGGUAUAUUCAGUGUGUGGGGUGGGGGGGUGGUGAUACAUUAUGUAUGAUUUUGCUUUACUGGAAUUCUAUUAGGAGUGUAUUAGUGUGUUGACGUGAUGAUGUUGGCUCCGUGUACCAUUAUAUUAUGUUAUGAAAGUGCUGUUUAAUGCCAAGAUGCAGUGAUUCUAUCAGGUGUCUGACCCUUGGGCGUAGAGAGAAAGUGGUGAUUUCGUCAGCAGCGAGUUCCGUCUUGCUGUGUUACGUUCUUACAGCAGAUAUUAACAGAUGUGUCAGAGGACAGGGUACAGGAGUAGUUAUGACAAAUCCAGCAUUCUUCCCAUCCUGAGUCUGUAUCACAUUUAUAAUCUGUUUGUAGAGACGCAGUCCAGAGUAUGUUUAAUGUUUAACCCAAUAUCACCCAUUGUCCCCCCAAUUUACAGCGUUUUCAUCAUCUUUGUCCUGGAACACGGAGACAGUUACAAAGCUUCAUUACAUACUUACCGCUACAUGUUUACCAUUACAUACUUACCGCUACAUGUUUACCAUUACAUACUUACCGCUAAAUGUUUACCAUAACAUACUUACUGUUACAUACUUACCACUACAUGUUUACCAUUAAAUACUCACCGCUACAUGUUUACCAUUAAAUACUCACCGCUACAUGUUUACCAUAACAUACUUACUGUUACAUGCUUACCACUACAUGUUUACCAUUAAAUACUCACCGCUACAUGUUUACCAUAGCAUACUUACUGUUACAUACUUACCACUACAUGUUUACCAUUAAAUACUCACCGCUACAUGUUUACCAUAGCAUACUUACUGUUACAUACCACUACAUGUUUACCAUUAAAUACUCACCGCUACAUGUUUACCAAUACAGAAGUGACUGACUGUAAUAUCUGUAAUAACAUUGAAGUCCUUUCAUUCUACAUCACAUUUGUGAACUACAUCCAUAAAUGUGGCGAGUUGAAUCUGUUGUGUUAAUGUCCCACAACAAGCCUAGAGUGAAAUUUGGUCCAAAGCAGCUGGCGUGUUGAGGGUUACUGUGUCCGACCUGGAGUACUUAGAGACUGCUGGAUGCUUUCUGAGUUAGCUCACCCCGGCUGAUGUCACUCUAGCACACACAAAGAGAAGGAUUAACAUCCAGGGUUUGAUAGUGGGACCAAGUACAUUCAUGAUUCUGGGGGUCCCAGGCAGCCACCAAGGUUACCAUAUGGUUAAUCCUGCUCUGCACCCACACAAUCUAGGCUGUAGCUCAGAGAAACCUCAAACUGUGCCAGUACUGGGCAUUAAAUUCAUAGCCGGGUUCUGCGCUGGUUUGUGAGCUACACUUCUCAUAAUGCUCAGCCAGCCCUCACACUGCCUCAACAAACGGUCGGUAUCCUUCGCUCAGCAUCUCCGACAUCAGCUGCCUGGAUACUGCUUGACAACCACUUACUCCAAGCACUCCGUGUUGUCAGUUUUAAUUCAUGUUUAGAAAGUGUCAGUUUUUGUAGAUAUAAAACUCCAUCUAUUCCCGCAGCCUGGGAUCCUAGUAAUGGCGUCCACGGGGUGCACUCGAUGACCGUGUGGGUCCUAUUGGUAUCUUUGGUUGUUUGAAGGGGCCCUCCUGCUGGGGGGCAAGUAACAGUGUGAUCUGAUAAGAACCCUGGGAACUCAAUUCACGGUAAUCCUUCUAGACAUUCCUUGAAGAUCUGUCACAAUAAACUGAAAUCCCCAAUAGGUCUCCACACAAUAAAUAAAUAAUAUAUCCUGGUUGCUAGGAUACACAAUAAUGAAGCACUAUACACAGCUUGGGUAUAUCUGGGAAACUGCCGACCUCCUAUUAGAGCUCUAUAGUGGAGCAUAUAUCUGGGAAACUGCUCAACCUCCUAUCAGAGCUCUAUAGUGGAGCAUAUAUCUGGGAAACUGCCGACCUCCUAUCAGAGCUCUAUAGUGGAGCGUAUAUAUGGGGAUCAGUCUGAUCUAUAAGAGCUCUAUAGUGGAGCCUAUAUCUGGGGAUCAGUCUGAUCUAUAAGAGCUCUAUAGUGGAGCCUAUAUCUGGGGAUCAGUCUGAUCUAUCAGAGCUCCAUAGUGGAGCCUAUAUCUGGGCAUCAGUCUGUUCUAUCAGAGCUCCAUAGUGGAGCCUAUAUCUGGGGAUCAGGAGAGGGUGACAGAGUGACUGAGGGAGGGGGUGACUGGUGGCAGAGUGAGGGAGGGGGUGACUGGUGGCAGAGUGACUGAGGGAGAGGGUGACUGGUGGCAGAGUGACUGAGGGAGAGGGUGACAGAGUGACUGAGGGAAGGGGUGACUGGUGGCAGAGUGACUGAGGGAGGGGUGACUGGUGGCAGAGUGACUGAGGGAGGGUGACUGGUGGAAGAGUGGCUGAGGGAGGGGUGACUGGUGGCAGAGUGGCUGAGGGAGGAGGUGACUGGUGGCAGAGUGACUGAGGGAGAGGGUGACAGAGUGACUGAGGGAGGGGGGUGACUGGUGGCAGAGUGACUGAGGAGGGUGACUGGUGGCAGAGUGACUGAGGGAGGGGUGACUGGUGGCAGAGUGACUGAGGAGGGGUGACUGGUGGCAGAGUGACUGAGUGAGGGGUGACUGUUGACAGAGUGACUGAGGGAGGAGGUGACUGGUGGCAGUGACUGAGGGAGGGGUGGCAGAGGACUGGUGACUGAGGGAGGGGGUGACUGGUGACAGAGUGACUGAGGGAGGGGGUGGCAGAGUGAGGGAGGGGGUGACUUGUGACUGUGUUUUCCCUGGUGGUCCAGUGUCCUGGCUUCCUUGUGGUCCGGUGGUCUGUCUCUCCAGUCUGCAGCUCACACCCGGCGGAGCUACAGACUGUCCUGGCUCUCUCCCCGGGCAGACGGGAGAGUCCUCGCACACGGGGCAAGCUGGUUGCCUAUUUAUGGCAGAUAUGCCACCAUUUUCAGCCAAAAACUUUGGUGCAUCCCGUGUGGGAGUUGUAGUUUCACAACAUCUGGGGAUCUAUCUUUUGGUCUAAAAGGUGCUAUUGACUCCUUAUAAGAGAUAAUCCUGACAAUGUGUUUUGAUAUCAGUGUUUGAGAUCUAGAUUUACAGGAGAUUUAAUAACUAGUUUCCCAAACUCCUCUUGUCAUAGUUAAAUAAACGGUCAAUUUGUAUUAUUGUAUUACUCAGCCCCCAAUGAAAGGUGUCUGUAAAUAAAACAGAAAGCACUUCCCCCCACCCUGAUCUGACUUACCCCCACACGGUGCCGGCUUCAACCAGCGCUUCUCUGCCAAGACAAACCACAUGAAAGUGACAGGGUCUCCCGGGGCCUGAGGUUUUCAUUUUACCACUGCUAAAAUAUUUUUACAAUGCGAUAAGGCCAGCUUUGCUGUAAUGUGGGCUGUGUUUAUUUACAUGGUGUUUGUAGUCUCUGUGUAGAUCUUAGAAAAAAUGGGAGGAAAAGAGCCUUUCUGGGACGCUGGCAGAGCAGCAGACGCUCCAUGUAAAUCCGGAUUUCAUGACCCAAUAAUCAAGGUUGGAGAAUGCAGAGGGUUUAAUAAUGUGAUCAGGGCAGUUCUGUGUGGAUUCAUCUUGGUACCAGAAGUGCUGAUCUGAUACGGGCUUUGCUCACUUUUCUGGCUCUAAUUAGAGGAUUUGAAACACUUGGUUUGGUGAGUGUUUGGUUUGACAUUAGACUUCCAAAAUCCAUGCAGAAAUAAAUAAUGUGAAUAAAAUAAUUAGGAUUUGGUCGAACUAAGCAUCUUUUUGCUUUAAAGGGACACUGAGGGCACCCAGACCAUUUUGGCUAAUUGAAGUGGUCUGGGUGCUGUGUCCCUAUUGCACUUAGUGCUGCAAUGUUAAACAUUAUAGUUCCAGAGAAACUGCAAUGUUUAUAUUGCAGCUCUAAGUCUGCCCUCUGUGGCUGACUACCAGACAGCCACUGGGGCGCUUCCAGAAUCUAAACUGACUUUUGGUCCGUUAUCUGACGCAGGACGUCCUCACAUUCUGAAUGAGGACCUCCAGUGUCAGACUUUUCCCCAUUAGAAAGCAUUAAUUCAAUGCUUUCCUAUGGGGAGGUCUAAUGCAUUUGCCGCGCAGGCACAUUAGACCCCACUCGUCGCGGGAUGGAGGAGGACCGGAGCUUCGACCCAGCGUCAAGUGACAUCAGUGCUGGGAUAAGGUAUGUAAAUAGAGGGCUUUUAACCCUUUAUUUAACGUGUAGGAGGGGGUGCGAGGGAGAGGGGAGGCAGAGGGAUUGGUGGUGCCAGAAAUACGGCUUUGUAUACUAUCCCUUUAAAUCUAUGGGACAUAACGUAUACCAGGAGGACUGACCGAGUCUUUCACCAAAGUGAGAAUUGUUGUGAAUUCAAAGGAAAUUUCAGAUUUAACAUUAGAUUAACUGAACUGGAAGCAGAGCUGACUUGGAGGAUGUUGCAGCCUUACAUUUAAAUUCACUCUGAAUUCCUGACAAUGCUCACUGUAGUGAAUUACUCUGUAAGAGUGAAAUCAAGUUUUUCACGCACCCUGGUUAUUCCCACCUAUUUCGCAAUGGUUUGCCCCAUUACCUGGAUACCACAAUGUUCCAAUGCUGCUGGUCUGGUGACCCAAUUUUGGCUUCUUCAGAGCUGCGGAAGCGAGAGGCCACGAUUAUCGCCGUUCAGUGGUUGAGCAUGUCAGCUGACCAUUCUUAGCCAAUGACUGACAUUCUGUGCAAUGAAAAUGUCACAGAAUUGACAUUGGCCAGCCUGAGACUCUAGCACUGCGUUGGCUGAUGACACCCCAGAGACAUGUUGAUGGCAGAGUUACAGCUGUGGCAGCAGAGGGGUUAAACUCUGUGUAUACAGACCCAGACACCAUCACCACUUCAAAUCACUGUGCAGUAAUCCUUUAAUUUACUAGAUUUGUAUUUCAUUACCUCGUGUGUCACUUUACCCCACUCCCCCCACAAGCCGCUUUGAGCAGGGCCAUUCUCAUUCUCUGUUCCUUUACAUCCAACUUGACUUGUUGCAAAUCUGUUAGUCCCCCUAUUGUACAGCGCUGCGGAGUUUGUUGGCACUUUAUAAAUAAUAAUAAUUUAUUAGAUCACAGAGUGGAUGGAUUUGAGACAUUCUCUUCCUCAUUUAUCUUCUGUUUCAGAUUUUCUUUUUAAGUAUUGCAGUUAGAUUUUUCCAUUUGCCAGAAUUGGCAAUUUAUUUGAUAAGCCCCUCUGAGUGUAACGCAGGGAUUUGUAAAAACAAAUCUAGAUCCGGCAUUCGCAUUGGUUCCUUAUUCUUUUCCUCUUUGUACUCCUGUUCUCAUUUUCUAUGAAUGUACAGCAUUGUUGUAUUAAAAGCCGCAGUACGACAUGUUUAAAGGGAUAUUCCCAGCUUGUUCUUUGCUACCAUGUGAAAUAUAGACAGUCUUAGACUGAGUCUGCCACGGUUUCUCUUUUUUUGUGGACAUUUUCCCUGUUGUCAAGGCUGCAGAUUGUGCAUCACUGUACAUCUCAUAAACCAGUUUUAAGUACUACACCACACUAUUAUUAUUAUUAUUAUUAUUAUUAUUAUUACCACGGCGCUGUACAAUUGGGGCAAAGAUAGUAAAGUAUACACAGACCAAUACAAAAGCUGACAAGGGUGUUGAUCCAGAAAGCUUUACAAUUUGUACACACAAACUGAUACAAAAAGAGUUGUUUCCAAACUGGUUUACGUAAAUAAAAGCUCCCACGUUCUCAGCCGAUGGCUGUAAUCAUGCUCUGAUCUCGGCGUCUCACAUAUAUAGAGUGUGUAAGAUUUAUUUUCUUCAUAAGCCCUGCUUUAAUCCCCAACCAGACUUGUGACUUAUUUGCUGAAGUCUAUUGAUUUUAACAAAGUGUCUUGGUUAAAGCAGCCAGUUACAGUUUGUCUCCUGAACAGUUGGAAGCCUGUGAGAUUGCAGCCAUAAAUGACACAUAAGGAAGUAACCCAACCUUCCCAUUUGUUCAGAUUUUGAGAAAGGUCAUGGCCGAGGGCAGCUUUUUCUUCACUGGUAGUCAUACUAAUAACAUCUGGGGCUGCGGAGAGAAUUACGCGCGCUCUGUGACUAAUACGCCUUUUGGAAGAGUUCAUCUAAUGCUGAUUAUGUGACAGCAGUGACCACAACCACGAGAUUCGAGGGGAAAAUUCAGAACGCAGAAACGGAAACUUGGCCGCGGUUACCAGUAGGGAACCUAGUAAAGACGCCCAAACACUUGGACCAAGUCAGAAGGUACAUAGAUUGUCCUGCUGAGCUUUCCACCAACACAUAGCUAUUUUAGGUUUUUUCUAAAGCCCCCUCGCAAAUUCACAAGGAUUUCCUAGAUGUCUGUUUGUAAUAUAAGGUGCAGAUUCUAUCAUUAUUUUAUCCAUUACAAAUGCCUGGAUGUAACUAGCUGUGUAUGCCACUUGCUGCCAGUCUGUGUGCCUGUCUGAUCCCACUCAUUAUAGACAAGGGCUUAGCAUGCCCCAGUAGAUGGAUAGAUUAAGCACUGUCAGGGUAUUUCACAGAUUCGUGAAUUGUUAUAAAAGUACAUUUCCAACUUUAGAUCAAACGAGCCAGACUCAAACCAUAGCGUACUUUAUAUAUGUGAUCAGUGGUAACCAGUGUCUGACAAACCCCGGGUAAGGGGUUUGACUACCUCCCCCAUGAGUGUGCUCGGGCACUCCUGGCACCAUUACUGGGACUGCAAAAUGUAGUGGGUAAUUUGCUUGGAGUGUCCCUUUAAUGGAGCUAGUUAGGUUGGCACCUUCUUAAACUGUAAUAUUAUCUUAUUCUACAUAUGUAACAAUAAAUACUAAAAUUUAUUACAUUUUUCGCAAGAUCAGAGGCGUCUUCAUGUGGGGCCUAAUCGGUAUCACAGGGACCAAUCCAUUAUCCUAUUUUCAGUAUGUGCCAUGUCGGGUACAGAAUAGGGAAAACCUAACCAGAACUGCAAUUUAUCUAUCUCUUCUUAUUAAUGGUAUUUAUAUAGCGCCAACUUAUUCCGCAAUGCAGUACAAUAUUGUGAAAGGGGUAUAAAGCUACACUCCUGUGUUUUCUUUAUUCUUUUAUCAACAGAUUGUGUUUCAAAGCUUGUUACAUACAUAUUACAGUUCUGACUUAUUAAAAGAAACUUGGAAACCUCUUCAUGCUUAUAUUUUAAAUAAUUUAAAGUUUGGUUCAAUAUAAAAAUCGUCCGUCACAUAUUGUUUGCCAUAAAGAGAUUAUAGUUCUCCUUAGUUGGAGGGCAGUCUAUAGAUAGUCCUGUUUUGUUCUGUUAAAGGAUUUUUCUGACUUCCCCCAUUAAUCGUGGGUCUGUUUUGUAGUCCAGAUCAUCAGCUUCGUCAGAACUGACUCACUCUAUUAUGGGAGAAGGAUUAGUUGUCCCCCAGAGCUCCCCGAAUCAUCAUACUAUGGUUCACUUGCAAAAUCCCAAGGGCCCCAGACUUAUUUCCCAGCUUCUCACCCCUUCAUCAGCCUCCUUUGCUGCGUUCUGUGUGAUGGAGAGGUCAAGGUGUGUGAUCUGUGUGUGUGCUGAAUUCUCCUAAUUGGGCAUCGUUCAUUGAUGGAAAAUGGAAUGUGAUGAAUGGAUGGAUUCACACUUUGAAAUAAAAGGUCCUGGACAGUGUCGGCCCACCAUACUGCCUCCAUAGACGCCUAUUGAGAUCAUGUGAUUGGGCAGCCUCUGGUGUGGUCCCGCUUUAGUUACACAGAGAGGGGCAUUUAUUAACAAAUCACACAUACUGAGCUGCUGGUAAUCAGAGACCUUGAACUUGUGGUCACUGUGUGACGAUAACGAGCCACUUGGGCCACCCUCUUAGUGAUUGGAUCACAGCUGGCCAUGCAACUGUUACUCCAAUACAACUCCCAACACCAUCUGCCAGCCACGCUCCAUAUGAAGUUCAGCAGAAGCUAGAAGAUGUCCUUAUCCGGCUUUAUAUUUAUUCAUUACUGGCAUUUAUAAAGCGCCAACAAAUGCUGCAGCGCUGUACAGUUGGGGAAAAAGACAUACACCAUAAGAACAGACCGAUACAACAGGGAGAGUACCCUGCCUGUGAGCUAAAUCAAAUGCAUUACUAUUCUAGUGAUCUGUUUAUUUACUGAGUAACCCUGUGUAUAAUGGAACAUUUUCAUUUUGUCCAUAGAGUGUUUUUAAGUUGGAAAUUGGUGUCCAGCGCUGGGGAAGAUGUUAGACCCUGACAGAUGCACAGAAUGUCAGGCGUUGAUUCUUUCUGUAACAGUAGCAGAGUCUGGGCUGACUUCCUGCCUGCAGAUUUGUCACCCCCUGGGAAGUUACAGAUCCCCUGGUGUCUAUAAGAUCCACUUUCACCAGCUGCAAUAUGACUAAACCACUUCAACAGUUUAACUACAGAUCACUUUGUCAGGAAAAGCGUUACAUUACUGACUUUUUAACUUCAUGUGUAAAUCAAGAUUAUUUCUCCAUCAGGGAUGGCAGUGAGAAGUAACAGAGCAGAUCUGUCUCUCAUAACUCCCAAGUGUCCCUGUUUUAGUACGGACAGUCCCUAUUUUUGGCCCAAAUCCCUCUGUCCCUCUUUUCUAGGAGCUCUAUACUGUUGGUGUGUCUGAGUGUAUAACAGAGCUUCACAAAAAUAAUACUCCCAGUAAUGUGUCUGAGUGUAUAACAGAGCUCCACAGCAAUAAUACUCCCAGUAAUGUGUCUUGUGUAUAACAGAGCUCCACAGCAAUAAUAGUCCCAGUAAUGUGUCUGAGUAUAUAACAGAGCUCCACAGCAAUAAUACUCCCAGUAAUGUGUCUUGUGUAUAACAGAGCUCCACAGCAAUAAUAGUCCCAGUAAUGUGACUGAGUGUAUAACAGAGCUCCACAGCAGUAAUACUCCCAGUAAUGUGUCUGAGUGUGUAACAGAGCUCCAUAGCAAUAAUACUCCCAGUAAUGUGUCUGAGUGUAUAACAGAGCUCCACAGUAAUAAUACUCCCAGUAAUGUGUCUGAGUGUAUAACAGACACAUUACUGGGAAUAUUAUUGCCGUGGAGCUCUGUUAUACACUCAGACACACAGGGCUGGCCUUAGGCCAUUAGGCGCCCUGAUCGAAAAGUCUUCAUGGUGCCCCCCCCACCACAAGUUGCCUUAUAUAUACAGUCACACACACAGGCAAAGGCAGACAGUCAAACAAACAGUUACAAGCAGACAGACACGUUCAGUUACAGGCAGACAGUCACACACACAGUCACAAACAAACAGUCACACAUACUCCUUUACAAGCAGACAGUCAUACACACUCGGUUAUAGGCACGCUGAUAGGCACACAUACAGGCACACACAAUGGCACAGCUACAGCGACACACACAAUUGGAGUCACACACAGGCAGACAGUCACACACAGACAGUCACACACACACACACACACACAAAGGCAAACCGUCACACACAGGCAGACAGUCACACACACACACACAGGCAGGCAGUCAGACAGACAGUCACACACACAAAGGCAGACAGUCACACACACACACACACACACACACACACACAGGCAAACAGUCACACACAAGCGGGCAGUCAGUCACACACACACACAGACAGACAGUCUCACACACACUAACACACACACACACACACACACACACAGGCAGUCACACACAUACACACAGGCAAAGAGUCACAUACAGGCAAACAGUCACACACACAGACAGUCACACACACACACACACACACAGGCAAGCAGGCAGUCACACACACACACAGACAGUCACACACACAGGCAGUCAGUCACACACACACACAAGGCAGGCAGUCAGUCACAAACACACACAAGCAGGCAGACACAAAGACAGACAGUCACACACAGGCAGGCAGUCACACACACACACACACACACACACAGACUUACCUCUUUUCAUUAUGGCUGGAAGGGGGAGUGGAAGCAGUUAGAUGUUGGGGAAGCAGGGACUCCUUCCUGCUUCCCUCUUCCUGUGUAGCAAUUACCAGGGACUUCUGGUAGGUAUAAGCCCGCCUCUGCCUCGCGAUAAGCCCCACCCCGCCGCUCGGUAGGCCCCGCCCCCACAGCGAUUUUUUUUUUUUUUUUUUUUUUUGCUCCCCUGUCAUCCGGCCAUGUGUGAGCUGUGUCGGCCGCACGGCGCCCCCCUGCUCCAUGGCGCCCUGUGCAGCUGCACAGCUCGCACACCCCUAAGGCCGGCCCUGCAGACACAUUACUGGGAGUAUUAUUGCUGUGGAGCUCUGUUAUACACACAGACACAUUACUGGGAGUAUUAUUACUGUGGAGCUCUGUUAUACACUCAGACACAUUACUGGGUGUAUUAUUGCUGUGGAGCUCUGUUAUACACUCAGAAACAUUACUGGGAGUAUUAUUGUUGUGGAGCUCUGUUAUACCCUCAGACACAUUACUGGGAGUAUUAUUGCUGUGGAGCUCUGUUAUACACUCAGACACAUUGCUGGGAGUAUUAUUGCUGUGGAGCUCUGUUAUACACUCAGACACAUUACUGGGAGUAUUAUUGCUGUGGAGCUCUGUUAUACACUCAGACACAUUACUGGGACUAUUAUUGCUGUGGAGCUCUGUUAUACACUCAGACACAUUACUGGGAGUAUUAUUGCUGUGGAGCUCUGUUAUACACUCAGACACAUUACUGGGAGCAUUAUUGCUGUGGAGCUCUGUUAUACACUCAGACACAUUACUGGGAGCAUUAUUGUUGUGGAUCUCUGAGUGUAUAACAGGCUCCCUCUCAUACUCAGUAUAUUGUACAGAGAAACUGCUAUGUUUAUACUGAGGUUAAUCCAGCCUCCUAAAGCCUCUAGUGGCUGUCUCAUUGACAGCGGCUGGAAACUAGGUUCUCACUGUGAAAAUCACAGUGAGAACAUAGCGAUCCAUAGGAAAGCUUUGUGUAAAUGCUUUCCUAUGAACUGUCUGUCUAAUCAUGUUGCUCAUGCUUAUUCAACCAAUAGCUGUCGCUAGGAAGAGGAGGAGAGGAGGAGGAAAGCUCCCAGCCCGGCUGGAGAAAGGUAAGAUUUUAACCCCUUCCUCUCUCCAGAGUCCGGGGAGGAAGACCUUGGUGGCACCCUCAGGGCACUAUAGUUUUCCUGGCACUAUAGUGGUCCUUUAAUACCAUGCCCUCCUCCCUCAAAUGAAUACACUGCCACUCCAUCCCCUCUCUAAAAUUAAUACACUGACUCCCCCCCCCCCCCCAAUUAAACAAACUACACAGGAAGGUCUUCCAAGCCCCUCUUCCCCUACCUUAAGAUGAGCCAUCCAUCGUCCUCCAGUUCUAGCUCUGUUCUUCUCAAGCAGGCCAGACGCUGCUCUAGCACUGCGAGCAGUAGGGAAGGGGAUUCAUUGGGGGGCCGCAAGUUUGACAUGCUUGCUGUAGCAUGUUAAAAUUGUAGCGUUGGAUACAUACAUAGCGCAAACAACUGACAGCCCUGCUUACAAGUUUACAAUCUAGGACAAAUGUAGUAAAAGGAGAACUACAGAGCUUUUGUACAAAGUGUAACAUGUUUACAUUUUAUUUUAUUUAAAGGGACACUAUAGUCACCAGUGCAACUACAUGUAUUCCUGACCCUAUAGUGUUAACACGACCAUCUAGCCCCCCUGGGCCCCUCAUGCCUCCAUAAAUAUAGUAAAAAUCUUACUGUAUUCAAGCCAGAAGCUGUAAAUCUGCAUGCUGUAAGACUCAGGAAAAACAAGCAGUCUGCUGACAUGUGAUAGCCUGAUCCAAUCACAGUGCUUCCCCAUAGGAUUGGCUGAGACUGACAAGGAGGCAGAUCAGGGGCAGAGCCAGCAUGAUUCAAACACAGCCCUGGCCAAUCAGCAUCUCCUCAUAGAGAUGAAUUGAAUCAAUGAGGAAAGUUCAGUGUCUGCAUGCAGUGGGAGGAGAUACUGAAUCACAGGAUGCUCGUGCACAGCAGAUCUGAGUGGAUGGAGGCAUAUUAUGAAGUCCCUCUGGUUCACUCUGAGUGACUGCAACUGGAGGUGUUCCUAGCUUUUAAUGUAAACACUGUAUUUACAUGAGAGAGGCUGCAGUUCUCACCUGAACAACCUCAUUAAGCUGAAGUUGUUCAGGUGACUAUAGUGUCCCUUUAUGGCCUUAUUCACUUUUAUUUAUUCUCAUAUUUGCUCCAAAAUAUUCCUCAUGCCUUACUGUGCAUUUUCCAUUUUUUUUUUCUGCAGGUUUUUUAUUUAUUUUUUUGGAGAGGGUUAACAAAUGCCUAUUCUAAGAAAAGCAUUGGAUUGGCUGAGAUUGUCAAUUCUGAUGAUUUCAGCCAAGGAGGCGGGGGACAGGGGUGGAGCCAAACAUGUCAUGGUAAAUUAGUAUCUACUCAUGGAGAUUCAUUGAAUCGAUGCAUGUCUAUAAGGGAGAGUUCAGUAUCUCCAUGUAGAGGGUGGAGACACUGAAUGUCCAUCACACUGUGCAGCACUGCCCCAGGAAGCACCUCUAGCAGCCAUCUGAGGAGUGGCCAGUGAAGGUAUCCAUAGGCUGUAAUAGAAACACUGCAUUUUCUCUGAAGUAUUUACUGCAAAAAGCCUGAAAGGACUGACUGUACUCAUCAGAACUACAUUAAGCUGGAUACUAUACAUUAUUUAUUUGUUUAUAAUUUAUUUAUAAAAUAUUUUACCAGGAAAGAUACAUAGAGAUUUCUCUCGUUUUCAAGUAUGUCCUGGGUCCACAUUAAGCUAUUACCGUACAUUAAGCUAUAUACUGUACAUUAAGCUAUAUACCGUACAUUAAGCUAUAUACUGUACAUUAAGCUAUAUACCGUACAUUAAGCUAUAUACUGUACAUUAAGCUAUAUACUGUACAUUAAGCUAUAUACCGUACAUUAAGCUGGAUAGUAUACAUUAAGCUAUAUACCGUACAUUAAGCUAUAUACUGUACAUUAAGCUAUAUACCGUACAUUAAGCUAUAUACUGUACAUUAAGCUAUAUACCGUACAUUAAGCUAUAUACUGUACAUUAAGCUAUAUACCGUACAUUAAGCUAUAUACUAUACAUUAAGCUGGAUAGUAUACAUUAAGCUAUAUACCGUACAUUAAGCUAUAUACUGUACAUUAAGCUAUAUACCGUACAUUAAGCUAUAUACUGUACAUUAAGCUAUAUACUGUACAUUAAGCUAUAUACCGUACAUUAAGCUAUAUACUGUACAUUAAGCUAUAUACCGUACAUUAAGCUAUAUACUGUACAUUAAGCUAUAUACCGUACAUUAAGCUAUAUACUGUACAUUAAGCUGGAUAGUAUACAUUAAGCUAUAUACUGUACAUUAAGCUAUAUACCGUACAUUAAGCUAUAUACCGUACAUUAAGCUAUAUACUGUACAUUAAGCUAUAUACUAUACAUUAAGCUAUAUACCGUACAUUAAGCUAUAUACUGUACAUUAAGCUAUAUACUGUACAUUAAGCUGGAUAGUAUACAUUAAGCUAUAUACUGUACAUUAAGCUAUAUACCGUACAUUAAGCUAUAUACUGUACAUUAAGCUAUAUACCGUACAUUAAGCUAUAUACUAUACAUUAAGCUAUAUACUGUACAUUAAGCUAUAUACCGUACAUUAAGCUAUAUACUGUACAUUAAGCUAUAUACCGUACAUUAAGCUAUAUACUGUACAUUAAGCUAUAUACCGUACAUUAAGCUAUAUACUAUACAUUAAGCUAUAUACUGUACAUUAAGCUAUAUACCGUACAUUAAGCUAUAUACUGUACAUUAAGCUAUAUACCGUACAUUAAGCUAUAUACCGUACAUUAAGCUAUAUACUGUACAUUAAGCUAUAUACCGUACAUUAAGCUAUAUACCGUACAUUAAGCUAUAUACUGUACAUUAAGCUGGAUAGUAUACAUUAAGCUAUAUACUGUACAUUAAGCUAUAUACUAUACAUUAAGCUAUAUACCGUACAUUAAGCUAUAUACUGUACAUUAAGCUAUAUACUGUACAUUAAGCUGGAUAGUAUACAUUAAGCUAUAUACUGUACAUUAAGCUAUAUACCGUACAUUAAGCUAUAUACCGUACAUUAAGCUAUAUACUGUACAUUAAGCUAUAUACCGUACAUUAAGCUAUAUACUGUACAUUAAGCUAUAUACCGUACAUUAAGCUAUAUACUGUACAUUAAGCUAUAUACCGUACAUUAAGCUAUAUACCGUACAUUAAGCUAUAUACUGUACAUUAAGCUAUAUACCGUACAUUAAGCUAUAUACUAUACAUUAAGCUAUAUACUGUACAUUAAGCUAUAUACCGUACAUUAAGCUAUAUACCGUACAUUAAGCUAUAUACUGUACAUUAAGCUAUAUACCAUACAUUAAGCUAUAUACUGUACAUUAAGCUAUAUACCAUACAUUAAGCUAUAUACUGUACAUUAAGCUAUAUACCGUACAUUAAGCUAUAUACUGUACAUUAAGCUAUAUACUAUACAUUAAGCUAUAUACCAUACAUUAAGCUAUAUACCGUACAUUAAGCUAUAUACUGUACAUUAAGCUAUAUACCGUACAUUAAGCUAUAUACUGUACAUUAAGCUAUAUACCAUACAUUAAGCUAUAUACUAUACAUUAAAGGGACACUAUAGUCACCCAGACCACUUUAGCUCAAUGAAGUGGUCUGGGUGCCAGGUCCCCCAGGUUUUAACCCUUCAGGUGUAAACAUAACAGUUUCAGAGAAACUGAUAUGUUUACCUUUUGGGUUAAUACAGCCUCUAGUGGCUGUCUUCUGGACAGCCAUUAGAGGCGCAUCUGCGACUCUGGAGGCGAAUUUCGCAUUCUGCUCCAGUGACAUCAGAUGGGGGAACUGACGUCGGAUGGGGAGGAGAGGUCACCAGCGUCGAGGGAGCCCCGCGCUGGAUUAAGCUAAGUGGCUGAAGGGGUGCCACGGGUAGAUGACCCUGAGGGUAGGGGCACCCUCAGGGCACUAUAGUGUCAGGAAAACCGCUUUGUUUUCCUGACACUAUAGUGAUCCUUUAAGCUGUAGUUGUUCUGGUAAUUAUAGUGUCCCUUUAAUAAUUUCAGCCAGGGAGGUGGAGCAGAAGCAUAGAGACGGUCACGGCAGUGGCUAAAAGGCAAGUAAAUUGCCUUUUUAUAUUGCAAACGAGUGGAGGGGGGAAUAGUUCUGGUAAUUAUAGUGUCCAUUAAAAAAAUAAUAAUAACUGCAAAUACCCUCUAAAAGCCUAGUCCAUUGUAAGACUUUUAUAUCUGAUUUGAUUUCCACAAUAUAAUUCUUGUGGUUGAUUGAAUAAAUGAUUUAUGCUCCUAAUUCGCUCAGCACAAGCUUUUGGUUACUUGUUUAUUUAGCCUAAUUCUAUUACAAUGUAUUUCCAAGCUAACUGAUACUGCGCACGUGAAAUUCGAUGCUGUAUUUUAUGAGAAACCUCGCCAUUUCAGAACUGCUGGUAUUUAGCUGGAAAAUUACCCAAUGGGCAUUGACUUCAUGCUGAGAAAAGCAAUGAGAUCGUGUGCAUGUGUGUAAAAAUCAGGAUUAUAUAUACGUAAAUUAGUUUUUCAAUGUGCAAAGAUUGCGGCCUAAUGGCCAAUAAGAUUUUUACCGUUAACCCCCCCGCCCCCACCUCCACAACGCCUCUCACUCAUCUAGUAACCCAGGCUGUAUGUGUAAUGCUGUUACAUGUGUGAUCUUCCAAUUAACCCAUUAGGCACCAGUGAUGUACCAUGUCAUUCUAGACAUCUGAUUUUUAAUGAACCAUUCCAGCGUGAGACAUCCCAGUAAGCGUCCACAAUCAGAUCUUCUGAAGCUAUGAUCGAAACGUAAAAUGCUGGCAUAACGUUUAUAGGAGUCUGGGUGUGAAACGCCAUUGAAUGUCAAUUAAGUGGUUAACAAGCUGUGCCAUGUUUGGUUUUCGAAGAUUAUUAUUGUUAUAAUUGGUAUUUAUAUAUUACCACCUUAUUCUGCAGCGCUUAACAAAUUAACAUUGUUUUCCUCAAUAUUAUAUUUAUAUAAUGUGUGUGUGUGUGUAUAUAUAUAUUUAGUUCUUGCUAAGACAUAGAUUAUUCCAUUGUUAAUAUAUAUGAAUUUUUAUGGAAUAUUUUUGUUUGUUUCCCUCACAGGUCUUUUCCUAAUCCUGGGCCUGAUUCUGUACCCUGCCGGUUGGGGUUCUCAGAAGGUGGUGGCGUACUGUGGACAUUAUGCAUCUGCCUACAAGCCUGGAGAGUGCUCUUUGGGGUGGGGAUUCUACACCGCCAUCGGAGGCACGGUGAUGACCUUCAUUUGUGCUGUUUUUUCAGCGCAAGCCGAAAUUGCCACAUCCAGUGAUAAAGUGCAAGAAGAAAUCGAAGAGGGGAAAAGUCUUAUAUGUCUACUAUAACCAACAGGAAAUGUCAGAUUUCCCCUUAAACUCUGAAAGACUUUCUAAAGGGAUCCGCUUUGUUUACACGGCCCACACUUCUCAUGAAUGAACUUGCCUAUUACAAACAUUCACACCAUGUCACGUCUCCAGGCUCCCCGUUCUCUAAAGGAUAAAGAACAGGGAAGGCAACUCAGACAUGGAGUCACGGCCUCAAAUACCUGUAUGAAAGACAUGAACAUGUAAACGCGGUGGGAACUGACUUGAUUUUGUGUAGGAAUGCAUUUCUGAUCCUACAUUUAUCCAAAGUCACUUUAAAGCAAAAAACAAACGAUAUUUGUCCAUUCUCAGACUAAAGACCUUUUCUGGGGAUUUGUUUUAACAGACUUGUUAUAGAUUUUCCAUAUCUUGUUUCAAGCCUCUGCUUGUAAAAGCCAUUUUUUUUUUAUAUAAUUAAGUUGUUCAGAAAAAAAACAGCAAACCACUAAUUCUUAUGGAAGAUGUCUGUAAACUGGAAAAAUGGAAGUCUUACCAAAGUGUUUCUUUCUGUGGUGCAAACAAACUCAUUUUUUAUACUUUUAAAUGUAUUACGAUAUGGAGAGGACCACUGUGAUCAAGCAAAGGUGAUUUAUAUGAAAACGGGGGAAAUCUAAACAGACACCUGCAAGGUUUGAUUGUUUAGAGGUUAAAAGAGAAGACGACAAACACAGUGCAUUGCGUGUCUUUUAUAAACUCCCCAUGCUUGUUUUAUUAAAGGGACAGUUUAGGCACCAUAAUGAAUGAAGUUAUUAUGGUGUUAUGGUGCCAUAUGGCUCACUCUUACCUGAAGGGGCUCAGUUUAACUCCAAAGUUGCCUACAGCACUGAUUUCACCUCCCCCACCCCAAGGAGGCAUCCAGCUUCUGAAAUUCCAGUUUCAGGAAGUGCGGACUGCCGCUGGGCAGGGUCACCACUCAUUGUCUGAGAGCAGUCAGCUAAUGCUCUCAGCCAAUCAGUGACUACCCGUUCAGUAUGUCUCUUUCCAAGCCAGUUUUGUAAAUGGGCAGUCACCGAUUGGCUGAGAGUGUCAAGUGACCACUCUCAGACAAUCAGCAGCACUCUAUGCUCCCUGAAUAUGAAAUUUCAGAAGCCAGAUGCCACCAUGGUGGAGCUGAGAUCGACGUUGGAGGCAACUUUGAUGUUAAACUGUUCAAAAAUGGUUUGACCUCUUGAGGUAAAAGUGAGCCCUGGGGUCUCCUGGCACUAUAAAAACUUAAAGGACCACUAUAGGCACCCAGACCACUUCAGCUUAAUGUGGUGGUCUGGGUGCCAGGUCCAGCUAGGGUUAACCCUUUUUUCUAUAAACAUAGCAGUUUCAGAGAAACUGCUAUGUUUAUAAAUGGGUUAAUCCAGCCUCUAGUGGCUGUCUCAUUGACAGCCGCUAGAGGGCUUCCGCGCUUCUCACUGUGAUUUUCACAGUGAGAAGACGCCAGCACCCAUAGGAAAGCAUUGAGAAUGCUUUCCUAUGGACUGGCUGAAUGCGCGCGCGGCCCCUGCCACGCAUGCGCAUUCAGCCGAAGAGGAGGAGGGCUCCCCGCCCGGCACUGGAGAAAGAGGUAAGUUUAACCCCUUCCUCCCCCAAGAGCCCAGCAGGAGGGGGCACCCUCAGGGCACUAUAGUGCCAGGAAACGAGUAUGUUUUCCUGGCACUAUAGUGGUCCUUUAAUUUAGAUGUUGUUUUGGAACCUGGAGUGCCCCUUUAAAGUAAACCACAUGGGCGAGUCUUACCAAGCGGUUAUUUAUUUAAGUGGGUAGGUUUCCUUUGGAACUUAAAGGCACGGUGAUAUCUUUCCAGCUUAACCCGCUUAUGAAAUCCACCCCAUAUGUCACUGCUAAGAUUGUUAGUAGCAAAUAAAACAUGGCACCGUGUCCUAGCAGCCUCUAGUGAAUGUACGUUUAGGCAAAAUCUAAUUUACUGAAGAAGCACAACACCUCCAUCCAUCUGAUUAUUAGCCUGUGAAAACGAAAGUAGCAUCUUAAUUACAUGAACUAUUACAUUGUAAUUAGUAUACUGUGACGUGCAUCUAGGAUGGGGGCCUUUGAGUACAGUGCCUCUGAAGCGGCUCUAUUGCUUUUAUAUAGAUGUAUGUAUGUGUGUGUGCCCAUUUUUUCCUUUUCUUUAAAUGCCCUCUUUUUUUUUUUUCGUUAUAAAUUAGCAGCGACUACUUUUACUGAUGGAGUAACAGCGGGUUGACAAAGCAUGGAGGUUUAGUCAUGCUCCACGGCUAUUUUCAACCUUGUCAUUGGCUGUUUGUGUGUAUACUCGCCUUCCUCCAGGGGCACGUCACAUAUCCCCUAAGUUGACAUUUCAGAUCGUGAGCGUGAACACAGGUCCUUAGGAAGGUACCGUGAGUCCUUGUGUGUGAAUUCAGGAAAAGGAAGUAUUUCCAGGUGCCAUCGUAAACAUUUUGAUGAUGCCAAGAAAUAAGGUCCCAAGGAACUACAAAACCAUUAAAAAUGCCCACCCCCUCCCUCCCAAAAAAGGUUGAAAGGUGUUGUAAUAGAGGAAGUUUUCCACACAAGGGAUCCAUAAAGUGACAGAGCUGCUUUAACUUCUGCAUCAAAAGCCAAAUCUUGUCCUGUACUGGUUGGAACAUGUGCAUCGCACCCAUCAGGUUCCAAGCCACUGCCCACAAUAUAUUGUUUACCGUAGCAGAGCUUCUGCCUCAGUAUAACAGAGGCCCCUCUGACAUUGUGAAAAGACUGAUGAAGGUGCUUCUUUUAAUUUAUUGUAGCAUUUUUUCAAUUGAAGGAUGGGUCGCAGAGCCAAUGGCAUGUACAGUAUUUUAAUCAUGUGUCAGAAAAGGUUGAGAACCACUGUCAUAUGUAUAUUUUAUGCAUAUCUUGAAUGCUGAUGGCGUGCAUGACCUUUCGUGCCAAUAUCUUCACUGUAUUGUUUCUGCUAUUCCCCUGGACAUUCCAAAUUAUUAGAGGAGCCUGCUUAGGUGUGUAAGAGAGAUGGGUUUUUUUUGGACAUAUCACUGCUGUUCUUAUCAGAAGCUGUAUGUGCGAUGGGAAGCCGUGUUGCCAGUCUAUAUAUAGGGGUUGUUAUACUCCCUCCAUGCUUAGAGGGGUCAGUCAGGGGGCUAAGCGUGCCAAAACUUGGCCAGCACUGGCAUCCAGAAACCUAGUAUAGAACCUUUACAAUGAGCACUAGCUGUACUUUAAAAGUAAAACUGAUGUGGUUCUCUAAAAAGAUGUAAGUUCGACUGGUGUCUGUCUAUCCUGGACCUUUUUAUCAAACCUUUUUUGGAAGUCUACUAAAUGAUUUAAUAGGAGAAAAUGAAACCUCUGUUAUACUGAUAGAUUACCUCCUUCGAGAAAUAUGACCGAUUUGACCUGUGCUCUAUAUGUCACAUCCGUACAUAAUCCACACGUUUGUCCAAAUAAACAGUAGUUGACCCAAAUUAAGGAUCUGAACUAUAUCCGUUCUACUGAAAAAUAUGAUGAAAAUGUAUAUCAUUUGAGAUUCAUAACAGAAUGAAAAAGCCAAAACAGGGGAUAUUCACUUUUUCAAGAAUUCCGCUCACCUAAUGUCUUAUGUCAUGUUUGUGUCUGGUCUCCCCAGCGCACUCAUAAGCGCACCCUGAACUGCCGCUAUUCUCAUACAAAUUAUUAUGGUCAUUGCUGUCAUGGUCAUUGAACAUUUACAUAAAGGAAGAACCACAGAUUGUGCCAAGGCUUCUCCAGCAGGAUGAAUCAGAAACCACUUUGUUCUCCAUACGGUUUAUAAUGUAAAGUGCCAUAUAUAUUCGCAUGUUUAAAAGCCAAUCAUGAACCAGUGACUGUCUCUAUAAGAUUAUGUGCAAUAAGAUGCAUUUGGAUUAUUGUGAAAUAGGCCUUGAAAUGCUCUGUGUCCUGUGUGUGAUAUACAAUAUAUCACACAUACAUAUUUAAUGGAAUACACAACUCCAUGUACUGCUUUGAUACUGUGAGUUUAGAUUAAUUUUUGAUGAAGAAAACGAGUCCUCUUGUUGAAAUAUAAAUAAAUAUUUGGUUUGUUUUGUAAUUACAAUGUGUCCUCUUCGGUUAUAUCAAUUAGAUAGUCUUACUCCCAGUUGUAGCUUCAGACUCUCAUUAUCCUACCCUGGAGAAACCCUUUUUUCUGGGCGGGCUGGGUUAAUCGCUAGCCUGGUCUCCAAAAAUGGCCCCUCCAAUUAUUUUGGAUGCAGGACAGUCCAUUCAUAGUAUGCACUACUUGUCGUAGGUCUUUUAUCCCAACAGGAAUCCGCAGGACGAGGUCCGAUGCAUAGGUAUAACUUGUAAGUUAUAACAGGAAGAACUAUGGCAGGCCUACAAUAAUGCUUUAUUACGACACUGAAUGAUAUUUGUUUUACAAAGGGAGAAUGUGCU